CUUCCGCCAGGAGCUGACACGCAAGCGGGGCGGAGGGGCGGGGCGUUGCCGUAUGACAGCGGCCGCUUUCCCCCUCCCAAGAUGGCGGAUAACCUGCCCUCGGAGUUUGAUGUGGUGGUCAUAGGAACGGGUAAGGGCGGGGUGGGUAGGGUUGCGCGCGUGUAUAUGUAACGUGGGAAUCAGACGUGGCUGGCGGGUGGCCGGUCUUUGGGAAGUGAGAAGCUGGAGUGAGUAUGGAGGAGAGAUGGGCUUUGGGGCAGCAGGAAUGAGGGGCACAGGGGAGACCCCGGCCCCAUUUUACCUGCCCUCCGUUGCCCCUUGCCUUUUCCCUACCUUACGUCCCUUUCCCAAUGGUGCAGCCUAUUCAGAAGUAAGGGCAACUAGUGGAGGCUCGCUCCAAGGUAAGUGGGGUUAGGAUUGCAGCCCCAUCUUCCUAAAAACAGAGUAACCUGUUUUAAGAAAUGCCUGUUCACAGGAUUUUACAGUUGGAAGGAACUCUGAGGGUCAUCCAGUCCAACCCUCUGCAGCGCAUGAAUCUGAAAUACUGUAAAGCCUCCAUGACCAUCCAAACUCUGCUUGAAAACCUCCAAGGAGAGUCCACCACCUCGCGAGGGGGUCUGCUCUACUGUUCAUGUAAUCGGCUUUGGUAGAUUCAGGGAAAGCCCCUUUCAGUUCAUUAAAUAUAGGGCUUCUCAAAUACUUCAACUUUCCUGCCUGUUUGAUAUCAUUAUUGUUACUUAUCCAAUUUAUGCCCCACCCUUCAUCCCAAAGUAACAAUCAGAUAGGAGUAUCUGAGAAUAAACCUUGGUUUGUUUUUGGCUUGUGGUCAGCGUUCAGGUGACAUGGCAAGCCAUAGUAUUGGCUUGUUUGUGAAAUUAUUAAACUUGUUUAAUGAAUAAAUUUUAUUAAAUACCACCCUUCAUUCGCAGAUCUCAGGGCAGUUCACAACAUAAAAAUGCAGUCGUAGAGCCGCACAGGGAGUCACUCUCACAAUUAAACCAUAGUUACUGUGUUGUUAAGGCUACGUCAUAGAAUCAUGGCAUUGGAAGGGACCUUGGAGGUCUCUAGUCCAACCCCUGCUUGAUGCAGGCAUUUAACUACAGCAUCUCUUACAGAUGGCCAGCCAGCCUCUGCUUAAACACCUCCAGCAAAAGACAGCCAUUGUCAAACAGCUCUUACUUGGUAUAAUUCCUAUGCUGAAUACAGUAUAAUUAUUAUUAGUAAAAAUAAUAAUUUGCACACCACCUUAUGAGUUGUGCAAUGAAGUCCUUGUGUUCACUUUCACAAGGUGGUUAAUUGUUUUUGAGGUUUGGUUGUGGUGGUUGUGUGUCCGUGUGUUUCUAAAUAGGGUUUUAAAAAACCUUUUCAUGAUGCAAUAAGGCAAAAAGAAACCAAUCUAAAUAAAAACCUAGACAGAGAAAAGAAAAUGCAGAGUCUUCCCUCAAAAGCAACGCUUAACCUUUGUCUCACACAGAAGGUGGUGUAGCCUCCCAGCUCUCACUUGGAGCUUUUUCUUCUUCUCCCAGUCUCUCACCCUGGGAGUUCUUUGCUUCCCUGCCUCUCACCCAGGGUACCUCCACCAACCAUCUGGGUUUUUGUGGUUGUCUUUACAAAGAAGAAACUGAAGCUGAAAACAAGCUGCUUGCUUCCAUGUACCCACACAUUCUACAGACAAGCAAGGUUUUGAGCUAGUGUUGUCCACCUCCCUUUCUGCAGGGCCUCCAAGUCUUGUUAUGAGCAAAAGCAGGUGAAGCUUUUUCCUAGCCUGCAGAUGAAGUGAUGGAAAAGUCUUUACCAGCUGAAAUUCUGAUUGUUGUGACAUUGCAUAGGAGUCAUGCCAGAAGUAAAAUUGGCAAUCCCAGUAGUACAUGAGACUCUUAAUCUCAGGUUUGUAGAUCUGAGCCCCAUAUUGGGCAAAAAGAUUUCUGCAUUGCAGGGGGUUGGACUAGAUUGCCCUCUUGAUGCCUUCCAACUCAACAAUUUUAUGCUUCUAUGAAUCCCAGUUAACUCUUGCUGACCAUGGCCAGAGGUUGUAUAUGAAGGAUAUAGGUUCACCUAGUGUUCACUUCUCCCCUGGCCUCCUCCCCCAUAUGUUUUUUUCUUCUGUAUCAUAGCUGCUUGUGCAUCAGACCCUAACAAUCUCCUUCCUCUCACCCUGGCUUCUUAUUCAUUUAAGAUUCUCUGUUGGAUCUUGAGAGAAUGCAUUGUCCCUUAUGUACCCGGUAAGCCACUGCAGUCUUCAGGAGAGCUUCUCCUUCAAGUUUCAAAGAUAUUGGAAGCCCACUCCACAGUAACAUGGAGCAGGGCUUUCACUGUGGUUGCCCUGUUCUGUGGCAUGACAUUCCUGUUGAGAUAUGACAGGUGUCUCCCAUCUACACUUUCUGGAAACAAUUAAAGACAUUUUUGCUCUGACAAGCUUUCUCAGCUGGAUGAAUAGGUAUCUGCUAUAGGUGUCCACUUUGUAUUGUUUCUUUUUUUUUAAUCUUCUGUUAUUUUUGGUGCUGUUUUUAUUAUAUUUUUGUGCCUCAUAAUGUGGAAGGUGAUUAAUGAGUAGCAACAACAAUAUUCAGUCCAUGAAAGCUAAUGCCAUAAUGAAUUGAAUUUUGUGUGUGUGUGUGCGUUUGGAUGGAGACGUUCUGUUAAUACUUGUGCUCUGUGUAUAUCAAAUAACUGCUGUAUGCUGAAUGUAUUAAAAAUAAUGUUCCACAGCAGACUUUUCCUCACCUUCCAAAUAGUCCUGUGUGGUUGGUAGGUAUGUUGGUCAUAAUGCUUCCCAUUUUAUGAAUUUGGGCCUGAAGUUGGGAGAUAAAUGACACAGAAGAGAUCUUGCAUGCCGUCUAGUCCAGCUCCCUGCUCGGUACAGGAAAUCCAGAAGUUAGACAGCUGUUAUUUGGGGAUGCUCUAGCUUUCCCCGAAUAUUUCUGUGGGGGAGAGCCCACCAUUUGCCUGGGUCAGCAGUGGAGAACUUUAGCCUAGGGAAGUGAAUGCAGCCUUCCAAACGUUCCUCUGUGACCAGUGGUCAAGUAUAAUGGGAGUUGUAGUCCAACAACAUCUGGAGGGCCACAUCUCUGGGACAAAACAUUGGCAUUAGACCAGCGCUUUCUCAGGUGCUUCAGCUGCACUGGUUGUAUCCAGUUAAGUUCUACUUGGAGUGAACCCAUUGAAAUUAAUGGACCAAAGUUAGUCCUGUUCAUAAAUUUCAGUGUGUCUGCUCUGAGUAUGAUGAACAUUAAAUAUAACCCCAAGUCGUUUAGGACUUUGUUUACUAAUAGCAGCAUCACAGUUGAGCUUUGCCUCCUACCCAGUCCUCGGCUCUUGGCAGAAAGUAAACAGUGCCAAUGAGAAGCCUUCGUCUGGCACCUCCAAGCCUUUCUCUCUGACCCUCAGAACUCUCCCCAGGGAAUGCCUCCUUUACAUAUGGAGAGAUGUACAUGUAGAAGCCUCUGACUUUUAUGUAGUUGGAAUGUAGCCUAUAGUGUAAAGAUAAGAGUCAGAUAUGUUGCCUCACUCAGCACUGACAUGUGGCCCCCAGAAGGAUGCCUGCUAGGAAAUGUGGCCCUCUUUACCUUGUUGGUACAUUGGUACCACCAAAGUGUUUGUUACUCUAGUUUAAAUAAGGAUGCUUGUAUUAGUACGGACUUGUGAAUAAGCUGCCAGAAGUAACUAGCCUGUGAAAUACAGUGGUACCUUGGUUUAAGGACAGCUUAGUUUAUGAACAACUUGGAUUAAGAACGCUGCAAACCCGGAAGUAGGUGUUUUGGUUUGUGAACUGUGCCUUGGAAUAAGAAUAUGUUCUGCUUCUUGUCGUGUGUGUUCCAUUUGUAAAUUGAAUCCCUCCGCUGCUAUGGGAAAGCACACCUUGGUUUAAGAACUCUUUGGUUUAAGAACAGACUUCCGGAACUGAUUAAGUUCAUAAACCAAGGUACCACUGUAUGUAUACACUAGUUUGCUGGGGACUGGCAGAGGAUGGAUGGAGAAUUCUGCCCCCUGGCUGCCCUCUGUGUUUCUUGUUUGUUGCAGAGGAGGGAGGUAGUGUUCUGCCCCUUCCCUCCCAGCCCUUUCACUCUUAUAUAUGGAAUUUCAUACAGUUGCCUUCACUCAGUUCCUUGUCGCCUAUGGCUUAAAUACAAGGUAAUAUUGUGAUCAGUGGGCUGAUUAGCUCCAGCUGCAUGCUUCUGAAAGUGUUUGUGUUUUUCACUAUUGAAUGCUACUGUCAGAUAUUGUAGCUCAGGAAGAGGGAACUUUUUUCUCAGUCUGAGAGCCACAUUCCCUUUUAGGAGCUGUGUGCUGGGGGUAGGCAGACCCAGAGGCAAAAAUGGGCAAAACAGUGAAUGCGAAUUUCCCUAUGUACAGAAGGUUAGUUUCUACAAAUUCACAUAUCCCUCCUCUGAUCCAAGGAUGCAUUGUAGCCAGGCAGAAAAAAUCAAGGAGAGUGCAAGCCAGGGCUCGUGAAGGUAGUGGCUCAGUGUGUGUGUGGCCUGGGGCAGCACUGGGACCUUAAGACUUGAGGUUCCCCAUUCCUGUUCUAGCUCACAACACUAGUUGACUUUGGGACAUAAAUAGAUAAUUCCUAAAUGCAGCCUUUUAAGUAGAGUUUGAUGGGACUCAUUGGGGAGCUAAGUUUGGAUUCUGAGAGUGAAAAACUUUUAAACUCUAGGGCUGUAGGUUGAAAAUGCAAGACCUGUCUUCAUUCUGUAUUUUCCCUGUUUGGUUUUAGCAUUGUUUGUUUCUUGUGGUAUUAAUAAAUCACACAACCCCCUCAUGAAAUUUUGGGUAGUAUUCACCAUACCAUAUGGUGAAUCAUGAGGUAAUAUGCAGAAAGGGUGAGAGAAUGGCAGCAUGUGUGAUGGCAUUUGUUGUUGUGUUACUGCUGAAAUUUAAGUAGUGUAAGAGGAACACUUGUGUCUUGGUUCUCACUGAAUGAAGAACUUGAACUCAGAUUGUAGGUAUGAAUACUGUAUAUAAAUUCCUAUUUGCUGAAAUUGGUACAUAGUAAAAAGAAGAAGCAAGAGUUAGAAGACACAGUAGGUUCCAUGCAAAGCCAGUUAAGCUAAGAUGUUGAUCCAGUAAGUGACAUGCCCCAUGCAAUUCCAUUAUAUAGGAAUGGGGCAGGCACAACUUGGUGCUGCAAAUCAGGCUGUUCCUUGGACUGGGCAAGCAAACAAACACUCCUUGGAGAAGGCUGAGCCUGCAUUGUCUGGUCAUGCCUACUCUGGCUUCUCCACAAUCUAGACGACAGAAGAGGCAUUAGCAACACUUCUGGAGCAGAUGUGGCAGCAGGCUCCUCUUGGGAAAGUAAGCUGGGGGCAGGCCCUCGUAGUUCUGGAGGUAAAGCCAGAUUCGGAGUUGAAGUUGGCUUUGAAGCCGCUGACAAGAUGAGUGCGAAGCACCGAGGUAGAUGACAGGGAGACAGAACGGGGCGUGGAGAAGGCAUCCCACUGUAUCCCUCCCCAGAGCCCUCCUCCCUUGAUGCCUUCUUAAUAUUAUGUGACUAUGAUAUGACCAGCUCUGUUCCUCUGGGUCCAUCCCCAGUUGUCCAUGGUUACGCCUACCCUUCACCCUGAUCUGACCGUCUUCUCCAGCACAGGAACCACAGCUUGAAAUGAGGACAAGAGUCCUAGCAUUAUAACCAGUAAAACUAAACUGCAAAUCUGUUAAGUUAUCAGAUAAAACACAUUCCCUUCUGAAAAGAGUUUGGGUUCUCUUUCCUUGUGCCGGAGUCAAUCUAUUCCCCCCUCUUUUUCUGUCUCUGAAAAAGAAGUUAUUCUUUAAAAAAAAAAAAAAGAGUCACUGUAAAUUUCCUGGUUCCAUGCAUUUCCCCCCUCUUUUCUUUUUCUAGUCUUCUCUAGUUAUAAAUAACACAUGAAAUGACUUUCAAGGUAGAAAGCAGGGAUCCAUUUUGAAAUAUUCUAUAAAAUAAAGAGUGAUUUAUGGCUCCAUAUGAUUUUGGCUGAAAGCAUUUGGGCUUUGCCCAGUCAUCAAAGUCCUGUCAGGGGAAUCUAUUAUUUAUUGUUCGAUAUGCCGGGAGUGGUGGUAGUACUUUAUUUUAUGUUUAUCUUAUGUAAGUAUAGUGUUAAGAAAAAUCAAUUCCAGAUACUAAUACAGUUUUAAAAAUCUAUUGUGGCAAACUAACCAAAAGAUGAGGUACAAAGUGAAACAUUGGGGGCGCCGGUUUUAGCUCCGUGCAAAACACACACACACUCUCACACACACUUUAUGUCACACAUACACAACCUUAAAUGUUUUGAUUACUACUGAAUAUUUGGGUGCAUGAUCUUCCUCAGUUUCAUCAUAAUGCAUUUCCUGCUGUAAUGUUUUCAUAGUUCAGUUUUUUGUAAGCAAGUGGGCUUCAUUUUAUGCAAGCAAAUAUUUAAGCAUCUGGCACAGGGUGGGGGGUGGGGAACUCUCAAAACUAGAUGGUGUGAACUUGUUUUUCAUAUUGCCAUACAGCUAUUUUAUUCAAUGCCAUACAGAUUUGUAAGCUUCUGAAGUAGGUUAUUGGCUUAAGUUGUAGCUCUGCUUGCUUGUGAUGCAAGGUUAGCUAAAAUUCCAUGGAGAUGGUUGGCAGGGGUGAGGAAAUCUGUGGCUCUUCAUUUGUUGCUGGAAUACAACUCCCAUCAGCCCUAGCCACUGGCCAUCCUGACUGGGGCUGAUGGGAGUCCAGCAACAUCUGGAGAGCCACAACUUCCCCAUCCCUGAGCUAGAAUUGAGGCACAUUAAUCCUGGAGGCCUGAAAAAGAUUUGCCACUUUGUUGUAGGGCUCACCAUGAAGAUUUUAUAAAAAAGCGUUGGGGAAGCUGUGGCCCUUCAGAUGUUGCUAGGUUCCAGCUCCCUUCAACCCCCUCCAGCAGCACCAAUGAUAUGGGGGGAUAUGAGUUGCAUUCCAACAACAUCUGGAGGGCCACAGUUUUGCCAACCCUGUGUUACAGAAUAAUGGAAAUGUUUCUGUGGCGCAGUGGUUCAGUGUGCUUGGCUGUUAAGAUUGGUGGUUUGAGCCCACCCAGGGAUGGCUGUGGGCAGGAAUUUAUAAGGAAAAAGGUGCAAUCCCAGGUGCUCUGUUGAAUUUUGAGCCCCACGUUGGGCAAAAGAUUCCUGCAUUGUAGGGGGUUGGACUAGAUGACCAUAGUAACCCCUGCCAACUCUACUGAACUAGGAUUCUACUGAACCAAAUCAUAUUAGAGCAGCAAAGGAGUCAGUUCUCUAAAGUUAGCAGGAAUAUCUCACUUGCAGAGCCACAGUCAGUGUUUUCUUUUUUGGGGGAAGGGGGGUCCAUUGUGUAAACCAGUUUUCUGUUUGGCAUACUACCCGUUUGCAGGAUCCCUUUCUCAAUCUACCUUUUGUAGUGUGGGAGAUGCUGCAGAUUAAUGCCUUCUGGGCUGUGAAAAUAACAUCUGAUGCCCUGAGGCAGCCCUGGUGUGCACUGAACCUGGCACGGGGGCACCCCAUUACAGCUCUGUGGGUCAGGAAGAGUGUUUAGUGCAGUGGCCCCCACAUUGCUAGGGUGACAAGACAAGGAGUACUCAGGUGGAAAAGGGCUGAGGUCUUAGGAACUGCAGUUUGUUAAGAGUGUUGGGAAUUGUAGCUUUAUGAGGACCCCCUAACAACUCUCAGCAUACUUAACAAACUACAGUUUUCUGGGGAAGUCAUGGUGUAACAGAGCUUUAACUGGUUGUUAAUUAGUGCUCACAUUGGUGUGUAAAGCCCUAAAUGACUAAAGUCUCAAAUACUUGAAAGAGCAUCUUCUUCCCUACAGAUCCUCUUGGGCACCAAGAUUUGCAGAGGGUAGUUUCUCUGCCCUCACCUGGGAAAGGGCCUUCUAUGUGGCAGCCCCUAAGCUGGGGAACUUCUUCCCCACACAGGUGCAUCUGUCUCUUUCAUUAUACAGCUUUCAGUGAAUGCUGAAGACAUACCAGUUCACCCUGGCUUUUGACACUUGAGAUGUGUAUUUUUUGGACCUACCUUAUUUUUGUUCAUACAGUGUUAUAUUAUGCUUUAAUAUUAAUGCUGUGUUUUAAUUGUAGCAACCUGCCCUGAGAUCUUCUGGUGAAGGGUGGGUAAUAAAUUGUAGUAGUAGUAGUAAUGAUGAUGAUGAUGAUGAUGAUGUAUGGUGUCAGUGUGACCCCUGACCACAACAGGUGCUUUUUGGGUUUUUUGGUCAGGUUGGAGUUGCAGUACCUUGGAUAGCUCCAAGCAGACCUUCUAUGCUCCUCUGAGGCUCCACCCACUUCCUGAUGAGCAAUCCUCCAGCCUAGCACUCAGUUGCCUCUCAGUCAGCUCCUGCAUUGUAUUGUCUGUUCUGGCAAGCAGGCACUGGGGUGCAUGGGGCCUAUGGUGUAAAAGGAGCUGGUUCUUCCGGGAAUCCCAGUUUAUGUGUCUCUGGCUUAAGAUGCUCCUGACUGGCAGGCUCACUGUGAGUGUCUGGACUCAGCACCUUUGGGGCUUCCACCACUGGUGACAUGCCCCAGCAUGUUGAGAACCUGGCAUGCUAAGUAAAGUCAUAGCAUCUUCUUGCCCACUCACUAUGUGGAAAAGCACCCUUUGCCCCUUUUCCACAUUCACUGUUUGCUUAACUUUGUUUACCAACUCGGCCCCGAACACACUGACCAGAUGCUUGGAAGCUGUGGCUGGAUGGUUUCGUGGGAGCCGAUUGAGACUAAAUCCUUCAAAGACAGAGGUCCUAUGGCUGGGUUGGGGUGGUAUGGGGAUGAGGGACCAACUCCCAUCUCUUGCGGGGGCCCAGUUAGUGCCAUUGCCUUCCGUUAAGAGUUUGGGUGUAAUCCUUGACGCCUCCCUUUCCAUGGAGGCGCAAGUUACAGCAACAGCCAAGGCGACAUUUUUCCACCUUUGCCGCAUCAAGCAGUUGGUCCCUUACCUUUCCCGCCCUGACCUGGCCAUAGUGAUCCAUGCAACGGUCAUCUCCAGGCUUGACUACUGUAAUUUGCUCUAUGCGGGGCUGCCCUUGAAGCUGACCCAGAAACUCCAGAGGGUGGAGAAUGCUGCAGCGAGGCUCCUCAUGGGGUCUCUGCCAUGGGAGCAUAUUCACCCAGUGCUUUUCAAACUGCACUGGCUCCCGGUGGAGUACAGAUUUAAGGUGCUGCUUUUGACCUUUAAAGCCCUUCACGGCCUAGGACCCUCGUACCUACGGGACUGCCUCUCCCGGUAUGCCUCACGGAGAGCCUCAAGGUCCAUAAAUAGCAACACCCUAGUGGUCCCGGGCCCCAAGGAAGUUAGAUUGGCUUCAACCAGAGCCAGGGCCUUUUCAACUCUUGCUCCGGCCUGGUGGAACGCUCUGCCUCAUGAGACCAGGGCCCUACAGGAUCUGAUUUCUUUCUGCAGGGCCUGUAAGACAGAGUUGGUCCACCUGGCCUUUGGCUUGGAGCCAAUUUGAUUCCCUCCCUCUCUUUCUUUUUUCCUUUCCUUCUUCUCCUGCGAUGAGGCUACAUUUUAAUAUUUUAAUGUUUCAAUAUUUUAAUGUUGUAUUUUAAUUUUCUUUUUAAGUUGUAAUCAUUCAACUUGUUUUUAUUAUUGCUUGUAAGCCUCUCUGAGCCCAGCCUUGGCUGGAGAGGGCGGGGUAUAAAUAAAAAAUAUUAUUAUUAUUAUUAAUCCUUUCCUGUUCAUCUAGAGGCCGUGUCCAUGGUGAGCAGCUUGCUGCACCAGCAUACGGGCAUUUAAUAAACUUUGUUUUCAGUACCAUGAUCAUAUGUUUGAGUCAUACAGUGUUGGCUGCCUUUGGUUAGGACAGCAAUGGAGUGAUGUAUAAGACAAAUCUGAGGCCUGAAUUAUCAGUUGUUUAAACAAUAUACCAGUGAUAUUAUGACUACCUCUUCUCGAUCAGACUUUGAAUCUGCAACUUCCAGGCUCAUCGCUAAAUAUUUAAAAUGCUUCUUGGUAAUGUUUUAAGUCAAAGCUCUUUAGACGAACUCAAAUUUAGUUGGAAGGUUGCCCCAUCCCAAAUUGGAAAAGGGUAAUUUUGCCUCCUUUUCCUUUACAGUUGCAUCCAGCAUUCAUUUCCUAGAUUAUAAACUGCUGCCAUUUUAUUAAUAUUACUUUCAAAUCUGACAGCAAAAAGCCUUUUAUAUUAAACCAGUAAAAUAGCUCAUAGGGAGGGUGGUUGUUACUUGAUUACAGAUGGUGAUUUUGAAAUCUUGGUAUGCAUUGCUUUAAGAUUUAAAGGUAUUUGAAAAGCUCGCGUAGCCAAACAAGCAUAAACUACAGGCGUUGUCUGUUGCAAUGCACCAUUCCGAGAUACCGGCAAUGUGUCAACGAAAGUAGCUGGAAGCUUUGCCCAAAUAGUGUUUCUUCAAUGGAAAUCAAUAUGCUAAUUGGUUCAUAGAACUGGGGACACUUGUGUAAGUUUGAAACACUGCUAAAGGAAAAAGGAUCCUGGCUUGUGGUGUGAAACUCCCAAUGCCUCCAGAAUUGUCUACUAGGCAAAAUAAACUUUCAUCUAUUCCUAGUAUAGCAAUCCUUUUUCUCCUCCCCACCCUGGGGUAAAACCCAAGUGUUAAAACGGUGUUCCAUCACAACAAAACAGCCAUUGAUGUUGGGAACUUGCAUUGAACCUUCAUAACUCCCCCCCUCCCUUUUGCCAGCUGAGAUUAAAUCUUCCACUAUCUGUCAAAAAGGUAGGCCUUAAAAAUGACUAAAAAGUUGCUGAAAGUCUGAAUUUCUACCUUAAGGGCACCUGAAGAUAUGAAAUAGAUUAGAAUGCUUCCUGGUUUCAUACCGAUUUCUGAUCUUGUUAUGAAGUCAUUUUGCUGAACUUGCGUAAAGCUCAUCUACAAGGCUUCGGCUUGGUCUUCUUUAUGGUCUUACGUGAUAGACAGCUUUGGUGUCGCUUUCCAUUACAGUGCAGAAGCAAAAGCAACCCUGUUAUGUGCACAUAGAACAAGGGUGAGGAACCUUGAGCCCUGGGACCAAAUGCAGCCCUCUGGACUGCUUUAUAUAGCCCUUGGGACUGAGCUUCCCCUUGCAGCACCCUUCACCACUCCUGCUCUGUGGUCUUCUUGAGUGCUUCUGCCUGGCUGGAAUGUGUGCCUAAAGGUGGGGGAGAAGAGGUAAACAGGAAUGGAAAAGAGAACUUUAAAAUAUUAGGGGGAAAAACCCAUUAAAAGCUUCACGAUUCCUUCCUCUGAAUGUAGGGAGGAUGUGCCAGAAGGGGCAGCUCUCAGCUGGUCUGGUAUAACAGUGGUGCCCAUUUCUCCCUCCCUUACAGGUUUGCCUGAAUCUAUCAUAGCAGCCGCAUGUUCAAGAAGUGGCCAGCGGGUUCUCCACGUGGAUUCGUAAGUCUUCUAACUAAUUGCCAUCUUUUGUUACAUGUUGUGGGACUUAAUGCUUGUCUUUUUGGCAUAACAGAUUGUGGUUUCACCUUGUGAUCACUAAACAACAUAUUAUCUGAGACACAUUCCCCUGGAAUGAGUUUAAAUAUCCCCCUUUUCUGCAGUUUACACUGGAGCUUUUGGGUGAGAUUCCCUCACCCCUUUCAGUAUCUCAUUGGUUGUGUGGGACCUUGUGAUGAAUGAUGAAUAAGAAAUACUUUAAAUAAAUAAGUAGGAAAACAUGGACUCUCAUAUUUCAGUUGUUCACCUCUUCCAGGAAUGAGAACAUUUGCGGGAGAGUGUGUGAGAGCCUGCAAAUCUCUUCUUAGCCAUGGUAUUAGCUUGUGAGGGAAUAACAACUGAAUAUCACCCUUCUCUGAAUUGAGACUGGCAGAGGAUUGGUAGGAAGGCUCAGACAUAGGCAGCAGCUAACACUAUUUUACAUGUUCUUGAAUACACUUAAAAUAGCCUUCUGAUUUCAAAACUGUGCAUGUAUUUUCAGUGAAUAAAUCUAUUUAUAUACCGUUAUUCCUAAAGAAUAUCAGAAUGGUUUACAACAAUUGUACAUAUAAAGCCAUGCAGUAAAAACACUAUAAAAGGUUACUGUCAAAAAUGGGCUAACUAUUGUGGAAAUAUGAUUGCUUAAUUGCCUGCAUAAGCCUGAUGGAAUAGAGAGGUUUUCAGCAGGUGUUUAAAAGGUGGCACAGAAGGUGCCUGUUGAAUCCCUGUUGGAAGAAUAUUUCACAGUACUGGGCCAGUAGCUCUACAGGUUCAUUUUAUUAUUGUCAAUCGAGCCUCAACAACUCAGUGAACAACCAACAAUGCUCCUGCAGUGAUUGAGCUGGGAUAACGGUUAAAUCCAGUCAAAGGCAACUAUGGGGUUGCAGCGGUCAUCACACUUUUCAGGCCAAGGGAGCUGGCGUUUGUCCACAGACAGCUUUCUGGGUCAUGUGGCCAGCAUGACUAAAAUGCUACUGGUGUAUGGAGGACUGUGAUGAGUACUAGAGUGCAUGGAAACACCAUUUCCCACUCCAGUUGUAUCUUUUUAUCUACUUGCACUGGUGCGCUUUCAAACUGCUAGGUUGGCAGGAGCUGGGACAGAGCAAUGAGAGCUCACCCCAUCGCGUAGAUUCAAACUGCCAACUUUCUGAUCAGCAAGUCCAAGAGGCUUAGUGGUUUGGACCACAGCGCCACCCGUAUCCCUUGAUUGAGCUGGGAUAUAAGGAUUCAGGCAUAACUUGUUCAGGGCUUUGUAAAUUGAUACAAGGAACUUGAAGCUGGCUGAGUAGUAGAUGGGCAGCCAGUGCAGAUGCUUUAACAAUAGUGUCACAUGUUGUUUGCCAGAUACCCCCAUCAGAAAUCCAUAUGCUACAUUCUGCUCCAGCUGGAGCUUUCAAACCAGGCCGAAGGGCAGCCCCAUGUAAAGUGCAUUGCAGCAAUCCAACUUUGAGGUUACCACCGCACGAACUACAAUGAUCAGGCUAUCCCUGUCCAGGAAUGGUCACAGCUAGUGAACCAGGCUAAGUUGGUAAAAUGCACUCAUACCCACAGAGGGUACUUGGGCCUCUAAUGACAAAGAUGUAUCCAGGAGUAUCCCCCCCCCCCCAAGCUACACUCUUGCUGCUUCAGAGGGAGUGCAACCCUAUCCAGAACAAGUGGUUUUCCAAUCUCCUGGUAAAUGAGAAAUGGACUUGGAAAAAUGUAUUAAGAAUUGUCAACUGUCUAAAGCACUGUCUGAACACUUUGAGUAAGUAAAACGUAUCUAAUAAUUCUAAUCUUCUAUUGAAAUGCAGCUUACAAUGGGAUGUUUCCCCCUCCCGUUACAGUAGCUAUGUGUUUUGAGUCCUUCCAGAUCAAAUGGCAUAAAACACAUUUCCCACUUUCAUUUAUACUGGCUGGACAGCUACCUGUUGCUUCUAAGAGCGAUUGCAAGACAGGGAUAGGCCUCCAUCAAUAAAUAAAACUAAAAUUUGGAGAAAUAAAAGAUGAAAACUACCAGUUGGAUUUGCUCCUCAAAAUUUAAAUCCAUAAAUCCUAAACAAUAUUCUUGGGUGUUAUGGCAUACGAGAAGGAGGAAUGGAAUAUUGGUCCCACUUGUAAAUCUGAUCCUCGCUAUGCUGUGUAAACUUUAAAUCUCUCCUUUCUGAUAGGAGUUAGAUAGAAAGCAUAAUGGGAGGGGGGCAGCGAGAAGCUGUGAGUCAAAUGAAACUUUUGAAGUACUUUGUGUGCCAGUGCUGCCUGGAUUCAUUACCCUGGGUGGAUCUUAUUACUUUUAAUCUCCUGCCACUGUUUUGCGUUUAUCAUAAUAUACCGCUUAUGUGAUGAUGGUAGAUGGUCUGAAGUGGACCAUUAUAAACCACUGAGUAGCACCUCUGUUGAUUUAUAAACACUGCCCAAGCAUCCCCCAUCAAGAACAGCUAAUCUUAUUCAAAAUAGUCACUGCCAUUGCAGCCUGGCCAUAAAUUCCGGUAGUCAUGUUUUAAAACCAAAGUUAGCUUCUGCCAAAUUGUAAUUGAAGGGGGCUCUAUUUCUGGGUGCUAGCUAUCCGUCUCAAUAAAAUGUUUUUGAAAAAAAAAUGUGGUUCUUUUUCAGAGAGCUACAUUUACUGUAGAUAUUAAUGAGCUGUUGACGUGUGAAAUUUCAAGGAUAGAUGCUAAGUGAUUUAGAAAAGUAAUUUGCAAUUCGGAACGUGAGACUUGGCAUUGACUUUAAAUUUGAAGUUGUGAAAGUUGAGAAUUGAAUGCAGUUGUGAAAGCGAUUUGUUUAUGCAUGAAGAUCUUUCUUCCUAGUGACCUCCCUCCUCCCCUCCCCUCCCCCUCCCCCAAAUGUUCUUGUUUUAGGGGACUUUGCUCUUGUUCGUAAAUUCUGGAUGCAUUGGUGGAAUAACCAAAGCAAAGGGAAGGCAGCAUAUUUCUUCAGGUUGUCUAUUUCGUGUCUGACAGUAAAAUUUGGUUUAUGAGUCUAAUCAUUUUGUCACAGUACAAAGAAAUAAGCUGUUGAACUAGGGAUGUAAAACCUCCAGAAAAUUUGAAGCUUAGGGUGGGGGAUUUCUUCCUAGUUCUUUUUGUGGGGGCGCUGGAGAUUUUGGGGAAAAUAUAAACAUAUGCAACACUUUCUUUCUUAUCAAACUUAAACUUAUUACUGCUUUGACAACAUAAAAUGGUUUCUUCAUACCUUAGUUGGCAUAUAAAAUUGUCCUGUUUGGCAUAUUUAUGAAAUUUACAUAGCAGUCUGCAAAAUAUUGCACGCUUUGUUUAGUGGAGCUUACUCCCAGCUAAGUGCACAAAGGUUUGUAACCACAAAGUAAAAAUUGCUUUGGCUCCAACCCUUUAUACACUUACCUAAAUCUAGUUGGAAAACUGGGGGCAGGUGGGAAUAGAUGGAUCCUCCCCACUUACCUUCACUGCUCUCUAGUCAGGUUACUUGUUACAUUCAUAGAAUCAUGGAAUUCUGGAGUUGGAAGGGACCCUGAGGAUCUUCUAGUCCAAAUUCCCUGCAAUGCAGGAAUAGGCAGCUGUCUCACUUUGCUUUUUUAAUCAGUUAAACCAUUUGACAUAAAAGUAAGUUUGGGUAUUACCAAAACCUCAGUAUAGGUGCCUUAGUGAAAUACUAGAUAUAACAGAAUAGUUCCAAGCCAAAUUUAUCCCUCAUUCUUGGAAGGAAAGUCCCUCUUUUUAAUAUUUUUAUUUUCGAUUCAUUGUUGUGGUAGUGUACCGGUUGUAACAUAUGAGGGUGUUUACCCGAAUAGCCACCAUGCCAUGCAAAUCCACCUAGUUAUCUUUGUGGGAGGCUCAAACUUUAUUUUCUCAUUUGUUGGGCAGGGAUAAUCCAUAAAAUCAGCUCUGAUGUAUGAUCAUCCUGAUCUACAUGGCAAAAGCCAUAUGUGGGUCAUGUAGACCAAAUACUAGAAAAGCUCAUCCUGUUCCAAAUUUCUGAUCUUGCCCUUUUUGAGUAGAAGCAAUCACAAAAUGGCUUUUUGGGCACACAUUUAUUCUUACUUAUUCUUACUUCACUGCCACAUUAACUUAGAUGGCAUUAAAGGGGAGAGGGGGUUAGAUAGAUCUGUCUUCCUAGUAUUUAUCAGCAUCUGUUGACUAUGACAGCUACAUGGAACCUCCAUUUGGCCUUGAAUUUCCUCUUCCCUCGUGUGUGUGUAUGGAAAAGCUGAGGAGGUUGGUGGUGAGCUUGCCAGAAGCACCUGAUCUUUUCCUCAGUGGCCACAAUGGUCCAACAGGUUGUUUUUACACUAAAGCUGACCCUGUUCUGCUGCUGAUGUAUGAAAACGAUCAAACGUUAGUAAUUCAUUGUUUCUUUCUUUUUUUUCAGUGAUACGAAAAGUUUAAAGAAAAGUAUGAGGUGUACAAAGAAGCUGACUAGCCCUCAUACCAUUUUGGGAUGCGAUGGCAAUCGUCUGCCCUUCAGAUCUUGUUGAACUCCAAAUCCCAUCAGCCAGCAUGGCCUAUGACCAGGACUGAUGGGAAUUGUAGUCCAACAACAGCAGAAGGGCCACAGGCUCCCUAUAGCCCUAUCUAAUAAGUGCUUCAGCCAAGUGAUUAGUUGAAAUUUAGGAUUAGGCCCAGAAGUCCUUUUACAAUCUUGCCUUAAAAUCUGUUUGACCGGGUCAGUAACAAGAGACAGCUUAUUAAGGUGACAGGAGACAUGCACACACACUCCAGAGAUCAAACAGGGGAGAGACAAAUGCAGGCCGCUCUCUGGAGAAAUCAUAAAGCAACAGCAACUUCUUCUCAGGCAUCAGCAGCCUUGAUUUGUUUUUUCAGGACUAUUACAGCAUCGAGAGGUGUAACUUUCCUAAUUGACAUUUACAAAAGAACUGUUCUUGCCCCCUCUUGCAAGUCUACUGUUAAAUUUGCAUCAGUGACACAGUUCUUUUGACCACACAGUUAUGAAGGUCUCCUGUCUCUGUCAGACAGAAGCGUGCUUCAGAUGUAACACUAAACCAUGGUUCACAUUAUAGAAGCAAGCAUGCACAAGAUUUGGGCUUGCAUGCUUCCAUCCUCUCUUUCCCCAAAUAAUCCAGGGAACUGUGGUUUACCCUUCACAGAGCCACAGUUCUCAGCUCCCUUAAACGAUAGUUCCCAUGAUUUUGGGGGGAAGCCAUGUGCAUUAAAUGUACUUUAAAUAUGUGCAUGCAUAUGCUAAGUGGGAUUUCCUGUGAGCUUGGAUUGGGGUAACCCUUUAGUGCCCUCUGUAACUCCUUGUGCUUCUCUGUGGCAAGCUGAGUACAUUUUGCACAGCACACAAAUGUACACUUAAUUUGAUGCACACUUAAUCCUUUUAUCGGGUCAUAUAACUCAACAUUUCUUCUUGCAACCUGUGUUUUUAUUGUUAAAUGGGGACAAAAAAGCUGUUUGUAGCCAACCUAGUCUGAGUUGCUUCAAGAGGCUCUGUUGAAAAUUUAGAAGCCACAGUGCCCAUGUUUUUCUGUAGUGGCCCUUUCCCUCCAGAUGACCAGGGGCUUUCAGCCUUCUGCAGAUUAGGUAUAUGCUAAUGACAGAAACUAAAUUAAGAGUUGGAAGAAAACCUGGCCCUUCUAUUUUCUCAACUAAAGAGCAGCCUUUGAUGGUGCUGCUGUUCUUGAAUCAUGCAGAGGCACUUGACAGUGGCUAUGCACAGAAGUGCUAGGAAUAUCAUAUCUUAUUCUUUUGUUCUACAAUUGACUCUCUUUUUUGGGGGGUAUCAUUUUUAAGGUGGAAAAAUGCAAAUGUAUUUUCAGAGUGUAUGGGUUUUAUUAAAAGCAGAAACAAAAAGUCACCCCCACACUCAAAAAACAUGCAGCCCAAAAUUCUACCAAUGUUACAUGUAUAUUAAGUAGAAACUGUACACUUUGCUUAUUUGGGAUUGCUAUGGUGUGUUUUUGCUUUUCUUUUAACCUCUUCUGUUCCUGUAUACACAUGGAAGCCAUUUCGGUAGCAGAACUUACUCACUUCAUUUUGCCUGUGAACCAUAAGAUCAGACCCUGUGUUUAUUUCCUGUUUUUAUGUGCUUUUAUACUACUACUUUUACUGACUCUGCAUUGUAUAUUUGCUUUAAUGAUAUUCAUUUUUUUCUGUUGUUCACUGCAAAGAGGUUUUUUAAAAAAUACUAAGCAGUUUGUAAAUUAUGUUUAAAUAAUUGCAAUAGAAUCUUUGCAAAAAUGAAAGCUUACUCCAUUAGCUAUUCUUUUUUUCUUUUCUCUCCCCCUCCCCCUCCCCCAUCUCCACAAUAGAAGACAAUACUAUGGAGGAAACUGGGCAAGUUUUAGUUUCUCUGGAUUAUUGUCUUGGAUAAAAGAGAACCAGGUAAGCAGUAGUGAUUUUGUAUCGUGCUAAAUAUUCAGCCUUUUGGUUAAAAACUUCAGAAAAAAAAUCAUUCAAUAUCUAUUUUAGAAUAUGUAGGUUUUAUCAACCAUGCUAUAUCCCAUAUGUUUUUAUAUCCUUGCAAAAUGUCACCUGCUAUAUCUGAUUUCCAAUUUCUUGCUGUGACUAGUCUGGCUGCAGUAAUCAUUGCUGUUGCAACUUCCAAGUUUUCCUUGUUUAUUGUGCCUUUCAGAUAUUUCAAUAAACAUUUUGGUGUUAAGAUUCUAUUGCUGCCCAGAAUCUCAUUUACAGUCCUCUGCAGCUUCUUUUUAAAACUACAGUAUGAACAUAGGAACCUUCCAGAUCUGUUUACUUCGAACUCUCAUUUCAUAACCACACCCACCCACACCUGCAGGAUACAUAGACUGGAAAAAUUCAGUGUAUGGAAGGGGUCUGGUAUAACCCCUGCUCCUCACACUGCUAAAGAAAGUGAAUUAAAUAUUUAUUUCUCCAACUUCUUAACAUUUAAAUAAAGCCAAAACAUCAUUUACUCAUUUUUUAAAAAAGUUUAAUGAAAUACUUCUGUUCUUUUUUGCAUAUUCUUGAAAGAAAAUGGCUGACCCCUGUGAGGGAAACACCCGCUGGGAAGAACUGAUCCUUGAAAACGAAGAAGGUAUUCCUCUGAACAAGGCAGACCAAACCAUUCAGCAUGUUGAAGAUUUCUGCUAUGCCAGGUGAGUGCUUCCUGUCCUGCACAUAAAUGGUGUAUGUGGAGGCACAUUUUGAACAGGGAAGCCAAUGGGCCAGCUGUGUGAGCUUGCUCCCCCAACUUAGACCCGCUAAAGGAAGGUUUGGGGCUCACUGCUGUGGCCACAGCUGGCUUCAGAGAUGCCACAAGCAGUUUGUUUUAUUUUAUUUAGAAUAGUUGUAGCAUAUCCUUCAUCUAUACAGAUACCAAAGUGGGUUGCAGAACAUAAAUAAAAUCAUAAAAUGUCCAACAAUAAAACACACCCUUAAAAAGAAACAGCUAAAAAUGUAAUUGCAGGCUAAACAAUAUCAGCUUACAAUUCCUGGGCAAACAAAGAAGCUUUAACCUGGUGUUGGAAUGAAGGCAAUUUCUGUGUGUCUGGCAUGUUUGUGAGUGUAGGGCAUUCUGUAAUUGGGGCAUCACUAUAGAUAAGGCUGUCUCAUUCCACUGCUUGACAAGCUUCCUUCAGUAGUGGAGUGUGGAAAAGAGCCUCCCCAGAAGAUCUCAAAGUACAGGCAGGCUUUGAUAGGGAGAGGAGAUCCUUCAGGUAUUUGGAUCUGAAACACCUUGAACUGGACUCAGAAGUGAACAGUGAAAUCCUGUAAAUCCUUUAGACUCGUUGUUUGGCUUCGUAUUGUGUCCAGAAUUUGGCUGACAGAGUGUCUUGCUUCUGGUAAACCACAAGCUAGAACCAAGAUGUAUUCUUGGGUUUAUAGUUUGUGGGUUUUUCCUGGAGGCAUACAUUGAGUUUGGAUAAUGCACUUAACCAAACUGUAGCAUAGCUCAUGGCAGCACACCUGCAAGAAGGCCAGAGGAAGAGCACAAUUCCUCUCUGGGAACCCUUGUGCAUCCAUGCUAAAGAAUGGUUUGGCUUAGUGUUACAUGUGAACCAAUUCACUCACUUCCUGGUUUAAGCAAACCAUAUCCAAGGCAUGCAGACCAGCACUGAAGACAGUUUGCCUGUUACAUCAGAACAGGCUCUUUGUCUUGAAUAAGUGUUAUUUGAUUUUAUGUUAUGUAUCUAAAAAAUUAAAAUUGGAAAUAAAAAACCCUCUUCCUUUUAAUAACUUAAUGUUCGAGAGAGAGAGCUGAUCACAGCAGUUCUGACGGUUUACAUGCUUCGGUUAGUUUUUGCCAUUGUUGCUUAAUUUCCCUGAACUCCUAUGAAGUUGCCAUUAAACAUUUAUUUUGAAAGAAUAAAAACAGCUGGGUUGCAGUGGUAAUAUAGUGCACAAAGCCGAAAUGAAUGGCCACAGAACAAAGUGCAUCCAUCAAAGUGGAAGAAAACCAUCUCCGCAACAAGCGGUAUUGAAAAAAAGGCAAAUGGUUGAAAAAUAAAUAGUGAACACCUGUGCUGCAUAAAUUAACCAGCUGGUUGGCAAUUUUUCUUUUGACCUAUCGGAAGGGGUGGCUGUUACGAGGCAUUAAUAAGACACGUUGGCUUUGAGAGAUUCUUUUGUUAGUACCAUUAAUUAAUGAAUGACGCUAGAUAAUGUUCAGAAUUUACACCACAAUUUGUGCUGCACAUGUAUCCUUGUGAAUUAGUAUUACAGGUUUAAACAAACAAACAAACAAACCUCCAUCUGCACAUAAGAUUUAAACUUGGGUGUCUCUCCCGCCCCCCCGAGCUCGGUUUUUAUAGCCACAGUUCUGUUGAAGAAUUAAGUUUUAUACAAAAAUAUUUUGGUUGUUGUCAUAAGGUUGCUGGGAAUCCUUGAAUAGUCACACUGUCAGCAGGUUUAAAAGCUGCAGCUAAUGUACUUCUGAAUGUAGCUGUGUUCACAUAUUGUUUUAGAAAGUGAUAAUUUGGUCAGUUUGCAUUAAAAUGAGAACCAAACUCCCAUAUCUGUAGUUGGGAGUAGGAGGUUGUUCCAUAGGCUUCCUGGAAACUGUAAGUUUUGAGGAUAAACUCCAAAGAAGCCAGGGAGGCGUUCUGAGAACAGCCUCUGUCUCUUCCUUUUCCUCCCCUUGCCCCUCCCCUCUUAGGGCCAAUGGCAGCUUUCAGGGGAGGAAUGAUUUUAAUCGUGGAAAAUGUAGAGAGGAUAAAAAUAUUUCUCACCUAGUAUUGUUUUCCCAAUUCAGUUUGCAGCCCACCCUUAUCCCUGCAGCUGUGUUAAAAAUAUAUAUGACAAAAACCCUGCCUGUCGCUUGUAGCCUAACCCCUCAGCCCUGAGUUGAAAAUACAUUGUUACUGGCAACAAUAUUUCUGAAAUAAUACAUUUAGGUGAAGCCCAUAAAGCUGACCUGGGCCGAGGGAUGUGAUGAGUUUUAUUUCGGCCCAGCUCACUCAGGGGCUUCUCUUGCAAAAAAACUAGUGUGGCUGCUAAUUAGAUCAGAGAUAGACAUAAGAAGACCUAAAAAAUUAAAUAGCUUUUACCUCUGGCAACUGGGGAAACUCUGCCUUUUAUUGAUAAGUACUGAAGUUUUACUGCUGUAUCAUUUCAGAUCACCUUUCAGAUUGCAGUUCAUUUGUUGACGGCUAGGCUUAAAACAUUUACUUGGAGGAUUAAUGGCUAAGUGGUUGAGAUAAAAAGAUAAUGCAAAAUGGUUGCUGAACUCUUCCUCUCCCGCCCCCCACUAAUAAUGACACUGAUUUGAUUCAUCUCUGCUGGUAGCCUAAACUGAAAUCCCAAGUUCAAAAGUGCUAGUUGCUGAGGUAGACUUCAUUGAAGUUGAAGAUUAAAAAGGAAAAUGAGCUUGAAAUGUGGAGUGUGGCCUUAGAAGGAGAAUGUUAAGGAUUUUGCCAUUAAGGAAGAAAGGAGGAUGCCAAAGACUUGUUGCAUCUGCUGACCUUGCUCUUUUGACCUCCUUACCUUUAUCAUGAUAGGCAGCCACAAGAUUAAUGGUCACAGCAGUAAGAUUUAAAGCAUGCCUUCAUUAUGUUUCAUUAAAGGCCAUGGGUGGAUCGGUAAUAAAGAUGAAGAUUUUGUUUCCAUAUAUGUGUGUGCGCGCAUGUACACAUAAGCCACUUUUAAUUAUGGCUUUGCGCACAAUCCAUGAUGCACAGGGCCUUUUAUCCACAGUCCCUGUGGCGUGAUAUUCUUCCAUCCAAGCUGGUCAUUCACUUCCCUCAGCAAAGCUGUAUUGUAUUUGUUAACAUUUUGUUGCUGGCACCUCCCCACUGAACCCUUUGUGAACAUUCUAUUACAUCACAGCAGUUCAGCCAAUCAGUGGCUGGGGGUGAGACCUGUGCACAUGCACCCUGUUCACACUGUUAUUUGGGACUUGUAACAAAAUAUUGCAUUGUGGAAUGCUGCUAUUCAGAACUCCAGCCGCUUUGCUCCAUUACACCAUCACUGUCGUCUUCUGUCCCUUCUGCCCAACAACAGUCAGUAUCCUUUUUAGCCAAUGAGCAUGUUUUAUCCUAGUGGGUCUAUUUUUCAUACUGCUGGGGGCUUUCUCCAAACUGAUUGCUACCACUAUCUUAAUCGGUUGUGCUGUUUCGGUAACAUAAGCAAUGACACUCGCACUCUGAAUGUUAGAAAUAGAGGAGAUUGUAUGUCUUGUCUUGUGUAUCUGUGUUGACUAGGCAAAGCAGACAUGGCUCUUAUAAUGUUUCGAUCAGUUGGUUGAAAUAGCUGUUGUACCCAGAAAGUUGCAAGAUAGCUUUGGGGACUGAUUUUCAUCUGUUCUCUCCCUCUCUCUCCCCUUGAAAAAUCAGUCAGGAUCUAGCUGAAGAUGUGGAAGAAGCUGGUGCACUUCUGAAGGCCCCUGCCUCUGUUGCUUCUGCUUCUAGUGAGGUUAUAGAGGAAGUCUCUGGCACCCCAGAGGCUGAGGAAAAGUGCUUUCCUUUGGAGGAUCGGCCAUCGGGGACCAAAGAUGAAGAAACAUUCCCUGACAGUGCUGCAGGAAUUGAACCGGAAUGUACAGCUGACCGCGAAGCUGUUGAAGUGACCUCUCUGGGGGAGAAACCCUGUGACAAUGUAACGCCCGGUCAAUCAGUACAGGAAGUGGAAAAUAACGAAGCUGCAUCAAUAGUGGAAGCUGCAGCUGAACCAAGGAAAAUUACUUAUUCCCAAAUUGUUAAAGAAGGAAGACGAUUUAAUAUUGAUUUAAUUUCUAAGGUAGGGAACUCAUUGCCUAUGUUUUCUUUAUUAACCCUGCACCCUAUGUUUGCUUCAUUGAAAAUAUUCCUUUGGAAACUUCACAGGCAAUGCAAAAUAAUUAUGAUGAUACUGGGACCUAGUAUUCUGCUCUAAAGAAAAUAGGUCACUUUAUAAAAUAACAUUUUGUGGGGGUUUUAAAUAGACACACAUGCUCUCUUAAAAAAAAUGAACGAAAGCUAAAGUAUCUGCUAAAAGCACGCUUUGCUUUUGGGAUAGAACAAACAUAUUGGGUCUCAAAACAAGACACUUCUUGCACCUUUUACUUUAGGAAUGUUGGUCUGCUGAUCAGGGAUUUGGGUUUUUGUAGGGAGAACCGUACUACAUGUUCUCUGAAAGCUAUGUGCUUUUUAAGAAACGGUAAUUCCAGAAAACAAAAAACAACUUCUACUGUGCUUUUGUACUAUUCUAACUCUCUUCUACCUUGCUGCGAGAAAUAUUAUUGCAGGAUGAACCAUUGGGGAGAAUCAGAUGUUAUGAUUUGGUACACAUGCUUAAUGAUAGUCAUUAUUUUUGCCUUAUGAUGUCAUGUGAAGUUGCAGACAUAGUACUUGCGGCGGUGCUAAACAGAGACAGGGUCCAAAAAGUCCCAAAACUAGGCCUGUGGCUUCCAGAUUACAUUGGAUUUGAGUUUCCCAAACAGUCCCCACACUGCCCCUAUAGCUCAGUGGUAGAGCAUCUGCUUUGCAUGGUAGGAGAAAGUCCCAAGUUCAUUCCUCAGCAUCGCCUGGAGAACCACUGCUGCCCAUUCCAGACAAUACUGAGCUAGAUGUACCAAUGGUCUGAGCUGGUAUAAGGCAGCUUCUUAUGCCCCCCCACAUUCCACCUGUUGUAUCUGUGGGGGUUUGCUGGCAAAUUAAGUCACUCAGUCAGAGCUCUCCCAGAUUCUGCAACUCUGGCCUGUUUUGCCCUAUUGUGCCCCUGUGAGCUUCCUUUGGAUUUCGUUCUAAUCAGGCAACCAACCUCCCACGUCUCUUGCUAGGCCUUACAAAGUUCUCUCCUCGAGACUUUGAGAGUGAUGGCAUUGCAUAAGUAACUUUCUUCAGUGGAGCAUUGCUUCUUCUUUUUAAAAAAGUUAAGUCAUCCAUCUUACACUGUGGUUUUUUACAUUCAUGUCCUUCCCAGAAUGUGUAAUAAAUUUUUAGCUUAUAUAAAGUGAGCAAAGGUAUUAGAAGAUUAAGUUUUAUGGUUUUAACUUGUAACCGUUGUGAGCACACUGCUUGCUGGGAUAUUGAGGAAAUGAGGACAGUAGUUUAAGCCUCAAAAAGAUGGAAAUUGAGGGAGAGAAAAUGUAUAAAGAAUGCAUGGAAAUAAUGGCAUGAGCUUCAUGAACCUGCAUGGAAUCACUUUACUUGCCCACCCACCCACUUAGCACAACCAGGGGAACUAUAUUUUCCUGCAAGGACUUCCGGGGUGGCGCCAUCGGUAAUGGCGGACUCCCUCUGAUCCGGAGGGACUGGCUCUACGGAAAUCGGGUCUUUCCGCUACGGCGAGGCGGGGACCCUUUAAAAAAUUACAGGCGGGUGAAGCCUGUGACCGUGGGACUCGGCGGGCACCUUUUGCGCCCCCCCAACUUGUAAAGGAACCCAAUUACGGGCUCCGGAGCGAAGCGGGGCAAGUGGCGCGGUGCUAAGAGUCAACUGCUUCUUCCGUGGAGCGAAGCCGCACAGCCGUUACCGGAGAGCGCUGACCUUUUCCUGUGACAAUCUGGCUACAAAAACAACUACCCGUGAGUAGGUUAAAUUCGGAAAUAAAGGAAAAUGAAGACUUAAAUUCGGCUCCGAGCGGGGAGGCAUAAACAGGAAGUCCGCCUUCCGUUCUUUGUAAAUAGAGUAAAGCAAAGAAGUUGUAAGCUAAAACCUGGAAAGUCGAUUAAAGGACUACAAUCCUAACAUCAAAACAAGCGAUUUCCCCCCUUGGCUGCAGGAGAGGAGGGGGGAAAGGUGUGAACUAUAUUUUCCUGCAAAACCUGGCUGGUUUGGAAGCCAUUAACCAUAGUUACCAAUUGACACAUAACAGGACACAUUGCAACCUCUUAGUUUGUUUUCCCUGCUUGCACAAAGGGAGGAGCCAAAGAGGUUUUGUACAGGUCGAUAAAAGCUAAUGCAUUGCGUAAGUGCAACCAGAAUGUACAAGUUUGAAACCUCCAAAAACUGGCAAGUAUGUUAUGCAGUAGAAAUGGGAAGAAGAUCUCCAGCUAUUUCUUUUUUUUUUUAUAAUGAUAUUUAUUAAAGUUUCACAAAAAUACACAAGACAAAGAAAAAAGUAUAAAGUACAGCAAAAAAGUAGAAAAUAAGAAAAAACAUACAAAAUAAAACAGUUAAAAACACAAUAAUGUUCCAUAACCUAUCUUCCUUACUCUUAUUUCCCCGGACCUCCUCAUACCUCCCUUCUUUGUAUUCCAGUUCCAUUUGUUGGUUCAGCAAAUCCUUACCAUUAAUCUUUUACCCAAUUGUUAACCUUUUUUUCCCCCCAUAUCUCUUAAAGCAUUACAGCUAAAAACCUCUUAGUUUCUAUCCAACAUCCUUCUAAAGUUCCUUAAUUUUGCAAUAUUUCUGUAAAUAGUCCUUAAAUUUUUUCCAGUCUUCUUUCACCGAUUCUUCUCCCUGGUCUCGGAUUCUGCCGGUCAUUUCCGCCAAUUCCAUGUAGUCAAUCACCUUCAUCUGCCAUUCUUCCAAAGUGGGUAGAUCUUGUGUCUUCCGAUCUCCAGCUAUUUCUUGAUGGCAUGGAUAGCUUUUGGAGAACUCCCAUAAGAUUCUCUAUUUUUAUUUAUCAAACCUAGGGCACUUUCUGACUGUCAGUAUUUUGGGGUGUGAUUCAGUUGCAUCCUGGCAAAAUUCAGUUUGUUCAGUUGAUUUCACACUCUUGGGCAACAAACCUACUUCCCCAAAUAAUCAGAUUUUAUGCUUUAAGGAAAGUGAAAAGAAAAUGCCCUGGGAUUACACUUGCUUUAAUGCAGCUCCACCUAACCUCCACGCAAAUAAUUUGAAAUGAAUGCUCAUUAAAUAGCCAAUGUCAUCUGAUCUCCCUGCAAAUAAAUCAGGAUGAAUGCUCUAUAAACAGAUUGGUUGGAAGCACCCUGUGUUCCAGGAAGUUUAGUUCCUAAGGAUAAGAAUACUGUAUAGGAAAAGCCCUGGUGAAUCAGGCCAAAUCCCCAUCUAGUUCAACAUCUUGUUCUCUCAUUGUCCUCACCUCCAGGUAGACCAAACUGGCAUUGGUUGCUGCCUCCCUUUAUUUCUGAUUACCAGAUGGCUUGCAGCCUGACUGCAUCCUUUCUUCUGCUCUUUUCAGUUCUUUGGCUGGGAUCACAUUCUCUGCAUUUACUGUUUUGUUUAUGCACAGAGGCUCUUUAGCUCACCGCAAAACUGCCCUUCCUCUGCAGAUUAAGGUGGCCUUUUGAAGCAUCGCUCCAUGAGGCAGCCCAAAGUAAAUACUGCACCCCUGAAAGUGCUUGAAACUCACAUAUUGGUGGGAGUAAACCAUUUGGACCCUAGUUCAUGUGUCUGGAUACCCAGUAACUCACUAUAUAAAACAAGUAUAGUCAUUGUGGUACCCUCUACCCGUUAGAUCGCAAUUUGCAUCAUUCCUAGCCAGCAUGGCCGGGGAUCAAGGAUGAUGAGAAUUCAUGAUGACUAUCCCUGAUAUAGAUGACUUCUUUUGCCAAGAUUGCAUGAAAGGAUUUGUGCCUCUUCUCUGACUUCCCCAAGGUUUUUCUCUUGACUAUUUCAGCAAGAACCUAUCCUUCAUCUCUCUUUCUCUGCUUCUGGACAACAGUCAAAGCAGCCAGAAACUAUGUGUGAGAGAAUGUGUGAAUUAUGUGUCUCCUCCUUCUCCUCCUGGAUUUAGUCUGUAGUAGAUUCUCCCCUCCCUCUUCAGGUAUGGCCUGGAAAUUUGAAAAGCAUGAUUCUCCCACUUACUUGGGCACUCGUAGAAAAAUUGGAAGCAGCCCUUCCAGGUUUCAACUCUUUGCAUUUUACCUUUAUUCUCCAUCUUUUCUUCAGCUUGAAGCCUCUGGCUCUGCUUCAAGUGAGCAUAGGAGCGAACUUUUCAGUAAGGUAAAGUCAAAUAUGCAGCAGUUAUUGCCCAUAGAGUUAUGGAGUGUAGGGGAGCAUCCUUAUUCCCCUCCACCAAAUCUGGAAGAGUAUGUCCCUUUUAAUUGAAGUCCUGAACCAAGUAGGCAUGACCCUGCUAAUAGCUUCACACCCACACUGAAGCUGAAAAUUUUGUUGUAUAUAGUGUUAGUAUAUAGACAAAUUCCAACUGCAACAAAAUGUUGUUGUGUAUCCUCCUUCCUGAAAGUGAUGCUGCUGUUCUAGCCAACCAUUCUCUUAAAGCAGGGCAUUUCAUCUCCUCCUCCUUGUACUCUUUUACUUUUACACCUGCAUUAGGUGGUUGUUUCAUUCUCAUUGGGCAGUUUUAUUUUGUUUUUGCAGGGUAGUGGCGGUUUGUUCCUUCUACUUUUUCAAGAAUAAAGGGGGAAAUCUCAAGGUUCCCCCAAGCAUGCUGGCAUUUCCCUUUUGUUUUUCACUUGUCCCACUUUGGCUAUUGCUCUGGCAGCAUUUACUACUGUUAUUCAAAGGCUUAAGAUACAGAAGUAGUACUCCCACUGUUAUCAUAUAAAUGACCCUUUUAAUUUGCAAAAAUGUGGGGCCUUGACAGUGUGUUCCUCUUCAACAAUGCUAGAAAGCAGAUAAUUAAAAUUAAGAUUGUCUUCAAAUAUAUAUGUUUUCUUUUGUGCAGUUACUGUACUCCCGAGGAUUGUUGAUUGACCUCCUAAUUAAGUCAAAUGUUAGUCGCUAUGCUGAGUUCAAAAAUGUCACCCGGAUUCUUGCAUUUCGAGAAGGCAGAGUGGAACAGGUACUGUAAUGGACCUAAUUGCAAAAGUUGAGCUUGUAAUUCAUUUGAAAGUGCAAAUUUGACUAACAUAAGUUUUUAUGUAGCUAUAAAUCCUUUCACUCUACCACUUUCUCUGCUAUACUGUAUGUUCUUUCAUUCUUGGACUGGUUUGGAUAUAAUGACCAGACCCUGAUCUGGUUCGUCUAAGCAGGAACAGCUGCAUGUUUUGAAGUGCCUUGAGUAAGAUGCUGUCAUUGGGAACCCCUUUCUGAAUGGGCCCAUCUACUCCUCACCACUGUCACUGCUACCCACUCACUUGCCUUCUCCCUCUGGUUCCAAUCUUCACAACUUCCCAGAGGAAGUGUACAAGUCAAGUGAAGGUCCAUGCUGUAUCCACAUUCCUCCCCUCUUAUCACUGCUUGCAUGCCCAAUGGCAGUAAGGAAGAGAGAGAAGUGGAGCCAGGAGGCACCUGGAGUUGGCAGUGUGCCCUCAGUAGAAGCAUGGGUUUUGGCACAUUCCUAGUGAUACCAACUGCUGAUGCAGGCCUGGGAUCACAGUUUAAAGCUCACACACACUGUUUCCCCUCUACCCUCUCUCUUCCCCUUGUACAUUCCAUAGUUGGAAACUAUGGUUUUAAAUGGCCUUGUAGUUUUGGUUUGGAGGGCAAGUGCAAACUAAAAAUUUACCAAUUCAGAUAAUAAUGGUUUGCCCAGCAAAAGGAGUUGGGAAGGGAACUGGAGUAGAGAAGGCUAGAGGAGGGAGCACAUGUACCUGAGGUUUGGGAAUAUGUUAAGGAAUUGAAAAAAGAGAAUUAAUUUGAUUGGUGCUCCAAAUCUCCCGUUCUCACCAGUUGACUGUUGAUAUAAUAAAGCUAAUAUUAGCAACAGAUUUCCAAAUUCAUUAUUUGCAUUCAGUUGGGAAGGAGGUGAAGAACUAAGAAAGAAAAUGCCUUCUAAUAUAACUCUGCAGUCAACCGGAUGCUGACCGGAAAAUCAUAUAAACCAAAAUCAUUAUAGUUUUUGUGAGGACAAGAGGCGAGGUCCUUGAAGGACACAAUUGCCCAGCAUUAAAGGUUGUUUAAAAUGUAAGACCAUCACAUUAAACAACAUCAAGUGUUUGUCUAGAAGAAUAGCAUAUUAGUGGCUUAUUAUAUGGGAGAAAGGGACGCGGGUGGCGCUGUGGGUAAAACCGCAGUGCCUAGGACUUGCCGAUCAUAUGGUUGGUGGUUCGAAUCCCCGCGGCGGGGUGAGCUCCCAUCAUUAGGUCCCAUCUCCUGCCCACCUAGCAGUUCGAAAGCACCCUUAAGUGCAAGUAGAUAAAUAGGUACCGCUUUAUAGCGGGAAGGUAAAUGGCUUUUCAGUGUGCUGCACUGGUGCAGGUUCGCCAGAGCAGCUUUGUUACGCUGGCCACGUGACCCGGAAGUGUCCUCGGACGGCGCCGGCUCCCGGCCUCUAGAGUGAGAUGAGUGCACAACCCUAGAGUCGGACACGACUGGCCUUUGGGUCUGGGGUAUCUUUACCUUUACCUUUUAUAUGGGAGAAGAGAAGUCUAAGAGGCGGCAAACAUGAGUUUUUGCAGACAUCAUGGUGCCCUUGGGCAGAAAAGACAGGAAGUUUGCUUUGAUCUGAACACAAGUUUAUAGGACUAGGAAAGAGCUGCAAGAGAUUUCUCAAAAGUUGAGUGAUUGCUCAAAAGACAAUCCUUAAACUUGUUGAAAUAGCUCUUUUUUGAUUCAUAAAAUCAGGCAUUUUCCCUCUGGAAGGAAGGUAGGUUGUGAUCCAUGCUGAUAUUCUUCAGAAUACUCUGAAUUGGCUACGCCAGUGUAUAAUGACUGUUAGAAGGCGUGACUCAUAAGGCAGGUGUAAAUGUAAUGUCCCCAUUCUCCUUUACCAUGGCUAAGCAAUUGGGCUGUGGGAUCACACAUUCCCUCCCUUCCCUCUCCCUAUGUAACUAUGACUAAUAUUAAACCAAGAUUGCCUCUUAAUCAGCAUUUAAAUUUUGAGGAACAAGCCAUGGUUCUGAGAGGGCAGGAGGUAUUUGUGCCUGCAAGGCAUGGGGCCAAGGAAGAGAGUGCAGAAUCCCACAGCCCACUCCAGACCUCCUCUUAAGCAUGGUUGAGUUAUCUAACCAUGAUGUUUGCAAGAGGUUACAUUUUUCACACAGAAAAAUCCCGUUUUAAAAUUAAUACUAAAAGAUAAUGGUUUUUUAAAAAGUUACAGAUUUUUCCAGUUCUGUGACAUAGAUCAUUUCCUGGCCCUGACUGUGUUUGGAAUGGUGGAAAAUGAACCUCCAAAUUAUAUUUCAGGUUCCAUGUUCUAGAGCUGACGUCUUCAACAGCAAACAGUUGACCAUGGUGGAAAAAAGAAUGCUGAUGAAAUUUCUUACAUUUUGUCUGGAUUAUGAGCAGCACCCUGAUGAAUAUCAAGGUUUGUACCUAUUUGUUGAACAGGAGAAUCUCACUGGGCAUUUUCAUUUGAUCUUUAAAUGUCUGCACCUUUUGGCUGUCAGAUGCUAUACAAGAUCUCCCUAUUACCUCUGAUGUGCUGAAGGAAGCCCCAUGUGUGCAGGCUUUCCAUUCACUUUAUUGUUGGGGGACGCUCUGGGGCAUGUGUGGAACCUUCCUGAUCAUUUGAGUUGAUGUUGAAGCCUUUGAGCAUGUGGAGCUCUGAGCAUUUAUCCCCCCCCCUUUGUAUAAUAUUUUUUAUUUGGUUUUACAAAUUAAAAUUUAUAUUAAAAAUUAUAAGUAAUAAAAGUAAUAAGUAAUAAAAAGGUAAAUAAACAAAGAUUUACCCAAAUUUCUGGGCUUUCCCUCACCCUUCCAUGGGUUCCGUCGCUAGUGCUUUUUCUGCUGCAUAUUGUAAGUCACUCCAGUUUUUAUGUAUCCCAUAUAUCCCUAGUUCUUGUUACACUACAAGUGUUAUUCAAAUCCUGCUAAAGAGUUCAAGUAUUUACAGUCUCCAAGGUAAAUUAUAAAUUUCCCCCAUUCUUUGUGGAAAUUCUGGUCUUCCUGGUUUCUGAUUUUCCCAGUCAUUUUCACCAUCUCCACACCACAUCAGUUUGGUCUGCCAUUCCUUUCUGGUGGAAACUUUGUCUUCCUUCCAUCUCUGGGCUAAGAGCAUCCAUCUAAGUGCAUUUCUAAUCCAGGCAAUACAUGUGGUUCCAAAACUGUGAGCGGUGAUUUUGUUUCUUGAGGCAAGAGAGAACAGCAAAAAUGGGGUUGUUGGUUGUUGUGCUUUAAAAAACGGGUAGGGAGGGCUUGUAUCCAAAACAGUGUGAGCCAGUAUGGUGUAAUGGUUAGUGUCAGACUAAGACCUGAGAGAUCAAGUUUCAAUUCCCCACUCAGUCAUGAAGCCCACUGGGUGACUUUAAGCCAGUCCCUGUUUUUCAGUCUACUUCGCAGGUUUGCUGGGAGGAUAAAAUGGAGAGAGGGAGAAGAAGUGUGUGUAUGACCUUGAACUCCUUGGAGGAAUGGUGGGGAACAAAUGUAACCAAUAAAGAAAAAACACAAAACCAGUCCCUAGGCUUAGUGUUUGAGUGUUUCUUGCCUGGUAGAGUUCGGAGAGAUGCCUGAAGCCUAAAAGAUGACUAACACAGUAUCUGACAUAGUACAGUCCUUUUGUGAUUGUAGUAUGUAGAUUGACUGGCUGGUUUUUGUUGUUGUUGUUUUGUUGCUGUAGUUGUAAAUAAUUAUCCGGAACGACUAAUGCUUGACUUUUCUUUUAUUCCCCGAAACAGGUCACAAGGACUCUAAAUUCUCAGACUACUUAAAAACCCAGAAGUUGACUCCCAAUCUGCAGCAUUUCAUAUUGCAUUCCAUUGCAAUGGUCUCGGAGGCUGACUGCUACACCAUAGAUGGCCUGAAGGCGACUCAGAAGUUCCUCCAGUGCCUUGGGCGUUACGGAAACACUCCCUUCUUGUUUCCAUUGUAUGGCCAAGGAGAGAUCCCACAGUGCUUUUGCCGGUAAGCAAUGUUUUAUUUCUUUUCUUUUUUUAAAGCCAUUCUGUUGGGAAUACUAACUAAUCUGAUUUAAUUCCUUUUAGACACUUAGCUGUUUUCAUUUCCCUGUGUUUACAUGUUUGUACAUGGAAAAUAAAGCCUUUUAAGAAUUCAACGCUUCCUUAGGGCUUCCUUUGUUUAGCGGUGAAUCGUGUGGAAGAACUGAGAUGGCAACAGUAUAUUAAGCUUGUGGCUCCUCCCCUCCCCCCCCAUCACAAUAGCCUAUGAGGGACACCCGCACCCCUGUGGACUGAUCCAAUCCCUAAAGCUCUAGUACAUUGUUUUCUAUUAUUAAUUCAUUAACUGGAGCUUUAAAAUAUGAAACUUUAAUUUGGAGCUGUCCCUUGGGAGCAGUUAAAUGUGGUGUUGCAAGUCAUCUUGUGUCUCUCAAUUCAGUUUGCAGCCACCAUCUAUGUGUUUUCCUUUCCUGCCAGUAAGAUUUUCUUUUCCUACCACUCUCCCAUCAAGCCUCAAAGCAGCUUUUUGAAGGUUCUCCAUAAAUAUAGAAAGUUGCUAUGUGGUGCAGGAAUGAGAGCCUUAUGUUUUGAUGUGUGAUACUUGUCUCUUACAGUCAAUGGGUAGCCUUUGUGAAAUCCCUGUUUGUGUCCAGAGGUUCUCAAACUGUGCCCCGUGGUCCACUAGCAGUCCUUGAGCUGCCCUCAGGUGGCUCAUAGAAAGGUUGUGGAACAGCUGAAAAUACCCACACCUUGCUCUGAAUUUGGUUGGGUUUUUUUCCUGCUGAUGGAGAUAAACUUCACCAAAUGCUGCCUACAAAACCAGACACAUAUCCAUUGCAUUAGAACAGCAAGACUACAAUCAUUUAAGAUAUGACUUAUGUAAGUUCAUUGAUUUGCAUAACAACAAAAGGUGUGUGUGUUUUUAAGAGGAAAAGUUUGAGAAUCACUGGCCUAACCUAUUUUAAAGGGUGCUUUGGGAAAGCGGCGCAGCUCAGAGGUAGAGCAUCAACUUUGCAUGCCCAAAGUCCCAGCAUCUGCAUGUAGGGCUGGAAAAGACUUGUCUGAAAGCCUGAAGUGCUUCUGCCAGCCAAUAUAGAAAUCGUUGUGCUAUAUGGAUCCUGAGUAUAUGGAGCUGCUUUUUAACUAAGUAGGUUCCAGUGGCUGAGAGGCUAUACUGCCAUUUGGCAACUCCUUGGAGGAAGGGCAAGUAGCUCUAGGCUGAAGGGGGUCCUCUGGUGCAUCUCUCAUGUCAGCAGGCAGCCAGCCAGCCAGCCCCUGUCCUCCUCCUAUUUCUUUCCUCCAGACAUGAAGGGUAGGUGAGGUGAGGCCUACUAGAGGACCAGGAGGGUGGCAGCAGUUGUGCUUCUACAAUGAAUGCUAGGCUGCUGCGGUUCUGAUUGCCCAUGGUGCACCAGAGUGACAUAGCAUCAGGGACAUGGUAGGCAGUCACAAUGGUGGCUGCCUGGCACUUAUUGGAAGGCCAGAAAAGGGAGACCCAGGCACUACUGGCAGCAGCGAUUGGCUCUUGGCAGCUGUUUAAGGCUGUUGGUGCUGCGUCUGGUAAGAAGGUUAAUUGCCUUGCAUUAAAAAUGAAAAAUAUUUGUUUAAAAUGCUCUCUUAGCGCACGAUCAAUUAACUUGGAAGGCAGCCGCUUCCUUCCUUAAAGAUUUCAACUUGUAAUGAUUCUGUUUCUUAUGUACAGGACCACCUUUGCCCCAGCUUGUGUUGCUAAUUCUUAGCAGCAUUUCUAAGACUUCUAGGAUUAGUGUUCAGUCAGUCUUCCAAGUGGUAACAUCUCUGCCUAUACAUCAUACCCUACAAUUUUUAUCGCCAGGUUAUCAGAAUAAGGUGUCACUUGUCCUGUGAUUUCUAACCACCUCUUCAUAUUCUGUUUUAAUGUAACCCUCUUAAGCGUUUCUUGCAGUCAGUUACCCUGUGUGUUCUCAUCAAGGCUACUGUUAUAAAUGGCAGGUAUGCAUAUUUAUGUGAAUGAUUCAAAGACAUUUGUAAGUCAUAUCCUUCCAUUCUGAAUGAAUUCUGCAUAAACUCUACAAGGCUCACUAGAACUGUGGUAGUCCCUUGAGUGAGUAAGAUUGGUCCUUAUUUCUGAAACUGCUCUCAGUGAAUGGGAUUCUUUUUUAUGCUACAAUGUAACUUCCAUAUGCAAGGUUCACACUUUUGUUUUCAGAGCUUAUCAGAAUGAGAUUUAUGCAAUAGAAACUGGGUUUGUGAUUUUCCUUUUAACCAUGGUUUUACAAAUAUACCAUUACUUUCUGAUGAAUGGAUGUUUGUAAGAUCAGUGGGUUGGAUUCAUAGGCUCCCUUCUUCCAUUGGAAAGAGUUUUGAUGAGAACCUUUGGAUCCAGACUAGGGUUUCUUAAUAGAAUGAUGUGAAAAUAUGCUCGGUCACAGAAAUAAAACUCUUUCAAUCCUUUAUAACGGGUGCAUAAUCUUUCAUUUUUGCUUUUGUUCAAAACAGCAGCUUUGGACCCCUUCUAACUUGGGUAAUUACCAGCCAGUUUUAAAUGUUCUAUUCUGGUGCUCAAGAGCAUUGUAGCAACUCUGCUUCAAAGUCUGCUUGGAUAGUGCAAUUCCCUUUCAAUCAAACUAUGGUUUGUUGCCAUAGUAAACAACUUGUAAUGGAAGACCAACAGUGGUAGAAUGAGCCUGUUAAUUCUUCUGGAUUUAUCAGCAGCUUUCAGUACUGUCUACUGUGAUAUAUGGUUUUGAUUUGAUUGGUUGGUUGUAUUGCUAUGCUGCUUUCCAUUCAAAUGAAUACUGAAGCUGCUUACAAACAAUAGAUAACAAUAACAUCACAAAUACAGCAUAAAUCAUAUUCUGUAAUUAACAAAUCAGCAAUAAAACAAAUACAGGUUGGAGGAGUUGCCCAUUGGUGACCAGGGGCCAGGUGGUUGGGACUGGCAGCAAUGGAACCACCCAAAGAUAGAGCAACAGGCAGGGAUUCAGCAAGCCAUCUCCCAGGCACUCUGGGCCAGCCUCACCUCCACUGCUCUUUGCCCAUGACCUGGAUGACCCUCCAGUCCCCAAGGAGGCACCUGCUGAUCAGUCUGACUGAGCUGGCACUGACACCUUCUCCAUUGCUUAGGACAUGGAGAGAUCCAUGCCACUACAAAGAGACCACUCAGGUUUAGCCCACCCAAAGGCAUUCCUGUUUGCUUGCCCAGUCCAAAGAAAUGUCCCACUUGCUGCACUGAAGCAGUACCUGUCCUGCUAGUUUAUAACAGGAGCCAAGGGUGUGUGUGUGUGACUCGUUGGAUCAAUGUUUAGCUUGUUAGGCAUGUCUUGCACCUGCUGUGCCUUCGAUACCUGUUUUGCUUAUGUAUUGUUGUGAUUUGAGCAUUAAAGCUUUUAGUAGAAACAUCUGAGUUCUCCAUCCAACAGUUAUUAUGUGGUCCUACCUUGCGUCCCAUGCUUUUUAAACAUCUGCAUGAAACUUCUGGGCUGAAAUGUUAUCUUGUAUGGUGAUGACACACAGCUCUAUCUCUCAUUCUCAUCUUAAAGGAAGUAGACCUGUAGGACUGGGUGGUAAAAGCUUGAAUGAAUAUAGAUGAGAUAGCUGGCUUCAUAGCUUGGAAUAAAAAGCUCAGACUAUCUUGUUUGAAGCUUAAGUGCAUGGAAGAUGUCAAGGAUGGUCAUAGAUCAUUGAUAAGAUGAAUAUGUUUGGCAUGCAGAAGGUCCCAUGUUCAGUCCCCCACAUCCACUGUUAAAAGGAUCAGGUGGACAUAACCUCUGCCUGGAGAGCUGCUGCCAGUCAGAGUAGUCAGUACUGGGUUAGAUGGACAAAUAGUCUACAAUGGCAUAAGGUGGUUUCCUGUGUUUGCUACUUUCUGAACUUUGCAUUGCUUUUUCAUUUUUUUUAAGCAGCAUAUUUAUCGUUAAAAGAAAUUGUUUGGUUUCAGCAUUUUCUAUUCUUAGUUUUGCAUUGAUGACAGAUAUAAGGGUGUGGAUAGCAGGGUGUGAUUGGAGUUGGCUGGUGUGCCCCCCUCCCUUGAGAAGAGAACCUUAGUUUGGGACAAACAUCAGUGAGGUGAGAUAAUCCAUCACUUCUGAGCCCUGUUCUCCAGUGAUGGAUGGAUAGAUUGGUAAAGUAACUCAAUAAUCUUCAUUUUUUUUUCUUCUCGGGUUAUUCACAGAUCAGUGAGCGCUGUCGUUAAUAAAGCUAUGGAAUGCUUUUGUGUCCUUGCCCAUAUUAUUUCUCAAGUUUUGACAGGACAAGACUUUUAAUUUGAAAAUAACCUUUGUGUUGAAACAUGCCCUCCUAAGCAUACAAAGUCCUUUGUGAGUGUGGCACUCCACGAUCUCAUGUUGAGCAGUGAAAUCCUUCUCGCAAAACAUUGUUUGGAAUAAUUCUAGCAUUUAAGAAAUAGCUGCUGGCUUGCAGAUGUUGAAGCUCUCAGAGCUGAACUGGAUGCUUGUUUUGAAUAUAUUGGAUAAAUGCAGAAGUUGGUGCUAUUGAUUUCAAUGACGCUUGUGCUCAUGAAAUGAAUGCAGGGCAGCUCAAAUCCCAUUGAAGCUAUAGGAGGCUUAACUGCACUGUUUAGAGCAUCUCCAUUGAAAUUCCUUCUAGACAGUUCAAUAAUUAAGACAGCCCAUGUGGUUAAGGGACUAGGACCAGCGGGAGCAAGGUUCAAACCCUUAUUCAGCUUUGAAGCUCCCAGGGUGACCUUGCUCCAGGCUCUUAUUUCUCGGCUUUUUUUUAUUUAUAACAUUUAUAUCUCCCUUCCUCAAAGAAGCUCUGCAGCAUACAUGGUCUCUGCCCCACCUAUCCUCAAAACAGCCCAUGAGGUAGAUUGGGCUGAGAGAAAAUGAGCAGCCCAGGGUCACCUGAUGAUAAGGUUUUUGAACCCGAGUCUCUUUGGUUACAAUCCAACACGCUAACCACUACACCACACUGGCUCUUGACUUGGUUUGUGGGGAUAAAUAUGAGAGUGGGCCCAGGGACCCACUACUGGGGGGGGGGGUUACAAAAUGCUGGGCAGCAUUCACUGUGGGGCCUGCAGCGCAUCCGAGCCAUACAUCCGAGCCUGGGAGUGACGUGGUGGCUUAGGCGCCCGCAGGCUCCAUAUUGCCCCAUGCUGUAGGGCGGCUUAGUGGGAGGAGGCAAGCAGACUCCUCAGAGGCCCCGCGGAGCAUCCUGCCCUGGCUGGCCCCACCCCUGGGAGCAGGGCACGCAUGGCAUCCCAGGCGCCCGAUCAACUUGCUCCGCCACUGCGUGGGGCAAGAUAAAAUAGAUAUAAUGUUGCAUACUCCUUGAGGCAAUAGUGGGAUACAAAAUGCAUUAUUUUCCCCCUAUUAUUAUUAUACUGCAUAAAAUAAAUCACGGCGGUUUGCAUAUGUAAAAUACAGCAGCAGCAAACCUAUAAACACUUGCAUGUUCUUACUUUCAAAAUAAAAAACCCAUAAAUAGAUGUUCAUUUACGUAACGUGUUCUCUGUGGGAGUUGGGUUGCCCCACUGAAGGAGAGGGUAGGUGACGUGAGGAAUGGACUGCCUCCCCACCUCUGUUUUGGGUCCCAUCCGCAGUUGGCAUGUGGGCCCCCAGCAGAUUAUGCCAACAAAAUGUUGUCCUCAAUGCAAAAAAGUUCUCUACCCAGACCUAGGCUUUUGCUGACCUCUAUUUAGUUACUUUGUUUCUUUUAAUGCUAACUUUAUUGGCAUUUUAUUAGUAGCUGGAUCUUCCUUUGUCUUGCUUUAGUUCCUUUUUUUUUGUUCCUAAGAGGUUAUGGUCACAUCUGCACCAUAAAUUUCACACGCUGUUGUACCUCUUUAAGAGUAAUGGCUUCCCCUAAAGAAUACUGGAAACUGAAGUUUGUUAAGGGUGCUGGGAAUUGUAGCUCUGUGGGGGGUGGUCUCCUAAGAACCCUCAGCAAAUUACAGUUCCCAGGAUUCUUUGGGAAAGCCUUGUCUCUUAAAGUGUUACAAAAGUGCUUUAAAUGCGUGUUGUGAUUGUGAUCCGAAAUGUGCAUUAGUUCAAAUCUAAUCUCUGCUAUGAAGUCGCUGAAUGCACAUAGGCAUGCGAUGCUUCCUCAUUCUCAGUACCUGUAUCUGUAAUAUUGUUGAUAGUAGUUAAUAAUGACUUACCAUGCACAGUUGUUGUAACGAGAUAAUUAUCUGCCUACAACUAGAUAAUGCGUGUGUGGUGUUUUGUACAAUUAAAAGCGCUUAGUUGAUGCUUUCAGCUGCUUUUUGUGAGCGUUUUGGAGAUCUUUGCUAUAAAAACGGAUAUAUAUAUAUAUAUAUAUAUAUAUAUAUAUAUAUACACACACACACACACACACACACACAUACAUAUAUAUAUAUAUAUAUAUUCCCACAGGCCACCUAUUUGUUAUCCAAAUAAAGCAUGUGUGUUUAUGUGUGUGGUGAGUUAAAAAUCAAGAUGUCAGAUAGACAUCUGCAUUCCCCCUCCCCAAAUACGCAGGUCCAGGAGUAUCACAUCACAGUAGCAUAGUCCUCCUGUGGCAAAAGAUGCAGUAACCCUGAAGCCUCUUUCUUUCCUUGUAACAUUAGUGUUUUAAUUAAAGAAAACAACCAGUUGGAGGCAGUUACUUUCUGUGAAAUGUAAUGAAGAUUUAUUUUAGGGAGUGACCUUCACUGUAUUAGCUCCAGCAGUAAUCAGUAGAAUUAAUAGAAUAAUCAAAUUAUAUACAAACUCAUAAAUCACUGUGAAUGUGCUGUCAAAAGUUCAGCUAUUAAUGGGGUCUAUUGUUUUGCAGCUGUAUUUGAAAUUGCAGCUGCUGAUUCCUUGGCUUGAUAGGAAUUGAAAUGGCAUUUAAAGGCUAGAGAUGAUUGGGGGCGGGGGGCGGGGAAUUACUAGGCCAAAAUUUUUCGCAACUGUUAAUUUAGCUGUAAUGCAGUUUGAUGUCACCAGGGCAAAGUUGAAACACAGUGCGUAACAGGCGCGAUCUUUCAGCAAAACCUGAAUUAUUGGCUGAGACAGUAGCCAGUUAAUUAGAGGAGAAUCAGUUUAAACGUCUGUCAUUUAGGGUUAAUAGUAUCAAGAGUUACCUUGUACUUUGGUUCUAGCCAAAUCAGCCUAUUGUAGAAUAAGAAAUUGACAAGACAGUUUGCUUGAUUUUCAUAUAGAUUUCGACUUUUAAAGAGCAUUAGAGAAUUAAUUCCAAAUUGUUUCACCUGUCUUAUUUCAUAUCUUUACUAAAAUUACAUACAGUCUUGUUGGCAUAUAAUCAAAUAGUUAUGGAACAAAGGCAAAAAGGGUGAGAUGGGAAGAGGAAAAGAAGCAAAUCUGGUACCAAUUAUUACAUUGUGUUACAUAGGAACCAAAUAGAAAUUGAUCCCAACCAAAUUAGUAAUGAGGGCGUUGGUGUUUCACCUCUCCCUCUGAUACAGCUACAUCAGUGUGCUGGUGUAGUCAAUAGAUAAGAUGGCAAAUUGUCAUGGCUAGAGCAUUGGUCAAGGACUAAGGAGACCCUGGUUGUAAUCAAUUUUACAUCAUGCAAUUCACCUGGUGAUCUGGGAUUACCAUACUCACCAUUUCUCAGCGUAACCCAAAUCAUAGGAUUGUUGCAAGGCUAGGUAGGAGGACAAAUUACAUGCAUGGGACACAGCUGUAACAUAAAAAUCCAGGAGGUGGAGCUCAACAUAGCACUAAGGAGAUAGUUCCAUCACCUCAGGUAUUUGUGCCUGCCUGAUGGAAUAAUUUCCCCCUCCUCCCCCUGCACUCUGUUCUGAGGGUUUCCCCCACUUUUCAGAGCAGAUUUGGAGAAGUCACAGAGGCAACAUGAGAAGGAGAAUGGGCGUGAAAGUUCCAUUGAGCUUGCAGGAGUCUUUGUGUUGGCUUCCAUUAGCAGCAACAUCUUAGUUGCAUCCUGCCCAGGAUCUCCAUGGCGUGUAUCUAAUUCUAGACCCAUGGAAAUUAAUGAAUAGCUUAGUCCCAUUAAUUCCAAUGGGUCUACUGAAUAGGACUUGGUUGAAUACAGCCCUAUAUGUCUCUAGGAGCCUUUGAUAUUCCUUGCACUGCAAGAUGUUGUUGGCAGGGAGCUGCCCUUGCUAUUGAAGUGAACAGGAAAUCCUCAACACCAGGGUAGCUUUCCAGAUGUUCCUGGAGUACAGUUUCCAUCUUCUGUAGCCAUGGGCCAUGUUGGCUGGAGUCUGAAACAUCUGGAGGGCCCCACGCUCCCUGACCUUGCAGUACACACAGGGGAUGUUAAACAAGAUUCCCACCUAUGCUCAAAUGCCCAUUUGCAGAAUUGAAGCAGGCACAGCCCAAAGUUAUUUUUUAAUGAAUCGUGUAACUUGUGAGUUUGGACCCAUCAUGCCAAAAAGUGGAUGAAGUCAUGUCAAAGUCACAUUUUGGUCCACCAUAUUGAAUCAAAAUAGUGCCUGGCAUCUAAAUAUUGACAGAGACCACUGCACCCACUUUGGGAAUCCUUGUGCCAAGUUUGGUGACAAUACCUCAGUAGGAUACAGACUUAUGCCCCAAACUGAGUGAAGUCAUGAUUUUGGUUCACCAUCUUGAUUUAAAAUGGUGGCUAGUGACCCAGUGUCAACAAAGACUUCUCCCCCCACCUUGGUAACCCCGUACUGAAUUUGAUGACAAUAUCACAAGAGGUGGUCAAACCUAUAGAGAACAAUUGGGCAGGCAAACUACUUUCCAAAAAUAUAUAGUAGAUUAGAUUAAGAUACCCACUUAAUGUGACCCAUCCCAAAGUCUUUUAUAAUAAACUGUUUUGUGCAUAAGUUGUUCACAUACUACUUCUCCAUUCGUUCAAUGCUGGUGUCUUAUCAUUGUUUAAUGGUAAGCCACCUCAAACUCACAGAAUUGCAAAGCAGGGUAGUUAUUUUAAAAUAAUAUAUAAUAUUUGCCCUUGUGAUUAACAUGAAACCUCUGGAUUUGCCAGGUUUGUUAUAAAUACUGGGCAAUUUGCAUUCUGCCCUUCCCUGAAGCUUCAUGUGCUUCAUUUAUGCCCCCCAUCCUCCAGCAACUGAUCUCAGGGCUGCACAGUUGGAAGGGUUCAGUUCAGAGUUCAGUUAUUAAUAAAUAGUGUAAUAUAGUGUAGCAUAAUAUGUGCUGUCUGUGUGUGAAACAUACACAGACACAUGUUUAAAUAAAUUCCAAGUACAAUACUGUGCUGGAUAUCUGUUCUACAUAUUGAUUCAUCUAGAUGCUGCGUAAAAACCUCUAGGGCUGAUUUAAUUGAAAAAUUGACCGUGCCUCAUUGCUUCUAUUAGAUCUUCACUCGUUAGUUUACCGUUUUUAGACAAACAUUUGUCUAAUAAACACACAUGUUUAGCUGGCUGUGUUGAAUUGCCAAACACCCUGUCUCCAGUUAUGUGAGCAAACAAAUCUAAUUGAUUUUCCUAUGGAAAUGUUAUUCUUUUUGAAUACACACACACACUUUUAAAGAAAAAGACCAGGACCUCAUUUAUUUCUUUGGUGCCUCUUGGUUUCUCCUGAGCAUUCUCUUGUGUGUGUUCAGUUUCUUAGCUAUUUUAACUCCCUUUCCCCCUGUUUUGUGACCUUGCUCUCAACUGAGAGAGAAUUGUUUGACUCACUUUUUAAAAGACAUCAUCCACAAGUCUUGAUCACUUAUGAAUGGAUCUGAUUUUCAUUUCCUUUUAUAAAAUCAGAAGUGAAUGGCCACAGAAAUAUUAGUACAGGAAUGCUGUUUUAGGGUUAGAUUUAUUCUGGUAGUUCAGAGAUGAGCAAAGUAUAUGGCAAAGUUAUCCUGGCCAGCCCGUUUUAUUAUGGUGUGCAACAGCUUCAUCUGAAACAAACUGCUAUUAAAAGGUGCAUGGCUAAUGGUGAUUGGAUUGUGGGGGCAGGGUGGGGGAGAGGCAGGGGUUUGGUGGGGUGGCUGGGGAGGUUUGACGGGUUGAGAUGGUUAGUGGAUCCUUGCCUGUUUCUUGGGCCUUGCUCAGCUUUGUUUUUUAAAAAAAACACCAUAAACAAAUAAAAAAUAAAAAAAGAAUAAAUGAAAUAUUAAAUAAGCUCUAUCUUCCCAUCAAGUGAUUAAGAAGUCUAGAAAGAUGCAAAUUGGCAUUUGAACUGCAGUCCUUGACACGUUUACCCAGAAAUAAGUCCCACUCUGUUCCAUGGAGCUUACUGUUAGGAAAGCAUGCAUAGGAUUGUGGUCUUCAUGUGGCUUUACAGUGGUGCCUCGCAAGACGAAAUUAAUUCGUUCCGCAAGUUUUGUCGUCUUGCGAUUUUUUUCGUCUUGCGAAGCACGGUGUCGGGAAAGUUUUGGAAAAGCUUCAAAAAUCACCAAAGUCUUUAAAAACCUCAAAAAAAGGCUACCACACCGCGUUCUAUGAGUUGCUCCUCGAGUCAGUCGCAACUGUAUUAACGGUGUUAAGAAAAGGAACAAACUUGCAAGACGUUUCCGUCUUGCGAAGCUAGCCCAUAGGGAAAAUCGUCUUGCGAAGCAGCUCAAGAAACGAAAAACCCUUUCGUCUAGCGAGUUUUUCGUCUUGCGAGGCAUUCGUCUUGCGGGGCACCACUGUAGUUACAUAACGUACAUCAUGAAUUGUUUUGAAUCAUUGCAAGCUACCUUGUUUAGAGAAGAUAGAAUUCAUGCCCGCCAACAUUUCUCGGAUGAAAAUAGGGACGUCCCAUUCCAUAAUGAUGAUUUUACUAUUUAUACCCCACACUUCUUACUGGAUUGCCCCAGCCACUCUGGGCAGCUUCCAACAUAUGUAAAAACAUAAUAAAAUAUUAAAAAUUAAGCUCUACCUUGCUUUCAAAUCAGAACCAGUGAAGGUGGUGAAGGUCCUGUGUGAGUGUCUGGUGGCGGUUGAAGGAUGGAUGACAGCUAACAGAUUGGGGUUGAAUCCUGACAAGAAAGAAGUACUCAUUUUUGGAGGACAGGGGGCGAGCAGGUGUGGGGGACUCCCUGGUCCUGAAUGGGAUAACUGUGCCCCUGAAAGACCAGGUGCACAGCCUGGGAGUCAUUUUGGACUCACAGCUGUCCAUGGAGGCGCAGGUCAAUUUUGUGUCCAGGGCCACUGUCUACCAGCUCCAUCUGGUAUGCAGGCUGAAACACUCCCUGCCCACAGUCUGUCUCACCAGAGUAGUACAUGCUCUAGUUAUCUCCUGCUUGGAUUAGUGCAAUGCGCUCUACCUGGGGAUACCUUUGAAGGUGACCUGGAAACUACAACUAAUCCAGAAUGUGGCAACUAGACUGGUGACUGGGAGUGGCCGCCGAGACCAUAUAACCCCGGUCCUUAAAGACCUACAUUGGCACCUAGUAUGUUUCCAAGCAUCAGUUGGUGCUGACCUUUAAAGUGCUAAACGGCCUUGGCCCAGUAUACCUGUAGGAGUGUCUCUACCCCCAUCGUCCAGCCCAGACACUGAGGUCCAGCUCCGAGGGCCUUCUGGCGGUUCCCUCACUACGAGAAGUGAGGUUACAGGGAACCAGGCACAGGGCCUUCUCAGUAGUGGCACCUGCCCUGUGGAAUGCCCUCCCAUCAGAUGUCAAGGAAAUAAGCAAUUAUCUAACUUUUAGAAGACAUCUGAAGGCAGCCCUGUUUAGGGAAGUUUUUAAAGUUUGAAAUUUUAUUCUGUUUUUAGUCUUCUGUUUGGAGCCGCCCGUAGUGGCUGGGGAAACUCAGCCAGAUGGGUGGGGUAUAAAUAAUAAAAUUAUUCCUAUUAUUAACAUUAAAAAAAACCUUCCCUAUACAGGAUUGCCUUCAGACGGCUCGGGAGUCAGAUAACUCUGUAUCCUCCAACAUUUCUCUAGUGAAAAUAGGGAUGUCUUAAGGUAAAGUGGGACAUUCCAGGAUCAAAUCAGAAACCAGGAUGGCUUCUCUAAAUCAGGAACAUCCCUAGAAAAUAGGGACACUGGGAGGGUCUGGGAAUUGAAAUUUAUUUACAUCUCACCCCUCAUUUUUUUAUUUUAUUUCUGAUGUUCUUCUAGGAUGUGUGCAGUAUUUGGCGGUGUCUAUUGUCUCCGCCAUCCUGUGCAGUGCCUUGUGGUGGACAAAGAAACUAGAAGGUAAGGCUAGCAAGAAUUAACCUUUCUCUCCUUUUUAUAUAAAUAUAUAUAUACACAGAACUGCAAGAUGAAAAAUGCUGGAGUCAAUUUUUUAAAAAUGGUUCUUCAAAGAUCUUCCUUGGUAUUAAUAACACAUCAACCUUGAUUAAAAGUAAUUUGUGUAUAGGUCCUCCAGAACAAGGAAAGUGGGUUUAGAAUAUAGAAACUAAAUUAAUUUCCCUGCGAUAUUACUGCAGCCUCCUUCCUGAUCACCCAAGCUUGGAAGACAAAUCAUUUCGGUUGCCGGGGGUCUGGUGAUGAGUGAUGUUAGUUUUCCUUGUGGCCUUACCUACUCUAAUUGAUUUUCAUCAGAUGACAACAAAGCCCUCUGUUAUUGCAUUUUUAAAAAUGAAGCUCACCCAAAGACUCAUCAGAUUAAUCUUUGCUGAUAAUGCAUGUCACUCUAAGAGAAAAGGCUUUAAUGAGUUUUUAGGUAGAUUGUUGUCAUAAACUAUGCUGCCCUCUUACCGUAGGAUGAAUUCUUUUUACAAUAGUAUCGGGCCUCUGGGCAACUUUUUAAAAAGUUGGAUCAAAAUUGGCUGAUUUUUUUUGCUGUGGGAAUGGAAUUCACUCCUGUGAAAGGGCCUAUUAGAAAGAAUGUGUUGGAUCCAGACUUAUUCUGCUUAGAGGAGACCUACCAAAAUCAGCGGGACGUCUGCCGUAAUGAACAUAAAGCCCACUGAUCUCAGUAGGUCCACUUUAAGCAUAGCUAAGUCUGAAUCACACACAGCAUCUUCAUAUAUUGGCUAGACUUGUGACUAAAUGCUCAUCAGUGUGUGUGUGUGUGUGUGUGUGUGUGUGUGUGUGAUGUACUACAAGCUAGGCUUCCCCCAACCCCACUUAAUUAAGCAAGAGCGACUCAUUCACAAUUUGCUUGCUUGACAGCCUGCCAGCCAAAUGCAACAACCAUCAGUUAAGGAGCGAUAGUAGUUCAGUAGUACUACAUGCUUUGUGUGUGGCAGGUCCCAGGUUUGAUCUCCAGUUGCUGAAAAUACACUGGAAAAACUGGCAGCUCAGGGAGUAAGGCAAUGAAAAGUUCAGUGACCUCUGAUGUUCUGCUUAGAUAGUCUUUACCUGUAGAAAUAGCCUUUGUCAACACUGCCCCCUCCCCCACAUUGUCUAGUUAAAGGAGAUGAGGUUUGCAGGACCAAGAGAGAUGUCUGCCUAGCACCUUGGGCAACUAAUCCCAGCAAGCAUUGGCAGUAGUGGCUUAGACAGACCAGUGGUAUAAGGACUUUAAUGAGCAAUUGGUGGAGUAGAUAUAUCCUUUAUUCCAAGUAAAGCAAGUUGAGGGGAAGGUUGUAGGCCUGUUUUGUAUAUUAAAUUCAAUUCUUUAAACACCAGAACCAAAAAUAGGUAAACAGAUUUGCAAAACCACCAUAUAUGUAUGUAAGACCCAGUCUCCUCGCAUCCCUCAGGAGAUGGUGGACUCUCCUUACCUGAAGGUUUAUAAGUAGAGGUUGGGUGGCCAUUUGCCAUGGAUGCUUAAGUUGAGAUUCUUGCAUUGCAGGGGGUUGGACAAUAUGAUUAUCAGGGUCCUUUCCAACUCUACAAUUCUAUGAUUCUGUGUAGAUUCAGUCACCCAUGCACCUAUACAAUUAAGAUUUCUACAAAUGUGAUCCACAUGGCAGUGACCGGAGUGAUUUUGCUAGUUGUUUCCACCUACAACUCAAGAGAAGGACAGUGAAGUGGGUUGAGAUGGCCACCAGUUUAGAUGGCUUUUAAAGAGGAUUAGACAAAUGCAUGGGAAAUAAGGUUGUCAAUGGUUAUUAAAGUAUUUAUUUAGAUUUUAAAAAAUUGUUAAAUUUCUAUCCCAACCUUCCUCUCAAGGGAGCUCCUAAUAGCUUUCUUCUACCUCCACUGUUGGAAACAGCACAUCCUCCAGUUGGUGAGGAUCACAAGUGGGGAGAGUGCUGUUGGACCCUAGUUUUGCUUGCAGGCUUCCCAUUGGGUUAUCUUGUCAGCUGCUUUGAGAACAGGAUGCUGGACUAGAUGGGCCUUUGGCCUGAUCCAGCAAGCUGUUCUUACACUCUUUUGUCCUAUUGAAGAUGGGGAAAAGGAAGAUUGCUUACUGUUUGCGUCAUAUAUGAUGUCGGGUGCAGGGCAGCAAAUGUGGGUUUGGAGUCACCACUGAUUAGUGGUUCCAGCAACCUCCUUUAAGUGUGCUGUGCUAGGCAAGGCCUUUGCAAGGGCCAGUGAUCAGCCGAUAGUUAGUACUUGCAAAGUACCCUUGCCUAACAGCAUGUUUGAGAAGUCCAUUGCUGCGCUUGCAAGCUGAUGUUUUUCCUCUCUAUUUGCAGGUGUGGUUUGAAUGUAAAUGGGCUUGAAAGGGGUACUUUGAAGCUGUGCUGUCAAUGCUAACUGGCACUGAUAGUAUGCCUUCAAAGAAGCUCAGUCUCAACUGGCACUGGAAGUUAACCCCUCUGAAGUUGUCCCCUGUCAUAAUGACAUCAGGUGAUUGGCAGGUGGAUGGCUCCACCCACCUGUCACAGUUGGCCUACGAGGGUUGGGGCAAGAUAAGUAUCUGGCCAGCUCCCCACAUGGAAGCGGGGAGACUGAAAAGAAGAGGAGGAUGCCACAUCAGCCUCACAGAUAAAUCCACCCAUGUUAGUGGCACGUUUUAUGCAGCAGGGUCUUUUCACAGUGGCCAGCCUGAUGCCUGUGGGAAACCUGCAAGCAGGAGUCAAGCAGAAAAGGACUCUCUCCUCCCGUGGUUUCUAGCAACUGGUAUUCAAAAACAUUGCUGCCUUCAACUGAAGAGACAGAGCAUAGCCAACAUGGCUAGUAGCCAUUGAUCGCCUUCUCCUCCAUGAAUUGGUCUAAUUCUCUUUUAAAGCCAUCAGAGUUGUCUAUCCCACUGCCUCCUGUGGGAGCGAGUUCCAUAGUUCAUCUGUGCACUGCAUGGAAAAAAUACUUUCUUUUAUCUGUCUAUAAUCUCCCAGCAUUCAGCUUCAUUGGACGUCUCUGAGUUCUGGUUUUAUGUGUGUGAGACAUAAACUUUUCACUAUUCACUUUCUCCAUGAUCCUGGCCCGUCACCAUCAGCUCAAACCCCACAAAUGCAUGCAAAAUGAACAUGCACCACAUUACACUUGUUUUCAGUGAAUUGCAUUUGCCAUUUUACUGCCCAUUCACUCGGUUUAGAGUGGUUACUAGCCAUGAAUACUGUGCUUCCCAUUUGUGACCUAUUCACAUUCUGAAAGGGGGAAAAAACUUUUUUCCUAGUGUCUGAAAACUUCCUUACGUGCUAAUAUAGAGCUAACUGUGUUUAGGCUGCUUUAUAGAUUGAUUUUGUGUGUAUAUAUAUUUCUGACCCAGAGGUUUGUUCUUAGGUUUGGGCAAAGCAGAUUUGGAUAAGAUUAGUCCUUCAAUGAGAUACUGGGGAAAGGUGGCUUAUAGCAAAGGAAAUGAAAAAAAAGGUUGUCUGGUUACCUUCAGUGUAACGCUUAUUAUUUUGAAGCGUAACUUCCAUUUUUUUAGAGGAUGUCAUGUGACAGAUUACAGGAACGCUCAGAAAGAAUGCUCUUGUCACAAAGAUUUAACUCUGUGCAAGGCAUGUCCUGCAGUUUCUCUGCCGUUAAAUCACUGAAGCUGACAUAACAUGGAAGCAAUGGAAUGGCACUUCCUGAGAUUAAGUAAAGUAAUCAUAACCUUUUUAUAUGAACUGCAUCAUAUUGCUUUCAUGCAAAAUGACAAAAGGUAGAAGGCAUCUUGAGGACUAGCGUUAAUGGAAGAUCAGAAUCCCACAAGUAUUGUUUCUUUCCUAAUUUUCCUGCCAUGGGUUGAAAAUUUUGAGGGCGUACCAAAGCACACGCAUGGAGCUCUUUUCAAACUGGGUCAUCUCAUUCUCAGCAACGAUGUUGAGCACUGCAUGCUCAAAGGCGCACAAGAGCUUUUCCCAGCAUGAGAGAGAGAGAGAGAGAGAGAGAGAGAGAGAGAGAGAGAGAGAGAGAGAGAGAGGCUGAAGCUCCAUGAACAUUCCACCCCCACCCCUAAUAUUUGAGCUCCAUGGGUGUUUCACUGUGAUCAUGGAACAUCCCACAUGUCUGGUCUGCCCCAUUAAUUUUAAUGGCAGGAGUGAAUGGCAAAUACAAAAGGAAAUUGGAACAUUUUCUUCCAUUGAAGUGAAUGUGGAAGCCCUUGCAGACACCAAGAGCCCUAGGAGCGUUAGAGUUCCCAUGGCCCUAGGAAAUGGCUGUGCAAGGCACAUAGCAGAUCAGGAUUUACAGCAGGUGUGAGGAAUCUUUUGUCCUCCAGAUGUUGCUGGACUACCACUCCCAUCAGCCCCAGCAAGCAUAGCCAAUGGCUAGGGAUUGUGGGGGUUGGAGUUCAGCAACAUCUGGAGGGCCAGAGGUUCCACACACAAAAUUUAUAAGUUUAGCAGUCCCUGUCUUGUCUCUUAAUUAUCUCUCCAUGCCACAGAGCCCUGGAUUAUUAUAGAUUAUGUUUAUGUGCCCCAAUAAGUGAGGAUGUGUAACUUUGUAUCUUAAGCAAGAUGCUGAGGAGGGAAAUAGGAGAAAAAAGUUUUUUUCAUAUACAGCAUUCUAGUUAAAAUAAGGGGGAUGGGUUUGUUUUGUUUUGCUAAUGCCACUGGAUACCCAUCAAAUUUGUUGCCUGCUUUGCUUGUGAAUGAGAAUCUCCUCAUGGCUUUUGCCUUUAGGGGGACGAAAAUUGAAUUUCCGCUCCCUAUAAGCUUCCUUUCCUUUUUAAUUUUGUUUCUCAGUUCUUUUAUGCUGCAUAGAUCUUGCUUAUGUGGCUCCAUUUGAUAAGAUUUAAGGUAUUUUAAUUUACGUCUGUAUAUUUUGAGCAGGCCUUACAUUAAAAAUAAUUGCCCGCAUUUUACUUCUAGCACAGUUUUAAGUGCGUUUUCCAAUGAAACAAUCCCGGCCUCCAACUGAAGAGAUGUGACAAAUGUAAAUUUAUAUUUCCAUAGUAAAAAAAAGAUAUAGCAAACACUGUAAUUUACAUAUCUUUCCUGAAAUAUUGCAUAGUGGCUUUGUCAGUGCUGGUAAGUCCAUUUCAAGGAUGUCGCCCUUAGUCCAUUAGUUUGGAUAAUGAGCCCUAUAAAGUACAUUUAUAACUGGUGGCACUUGGCAAGGAGAUGGAUUCUAAUUUUCAUCCUUUUAUCUAGACACAUUGAAGAAGGUCAAUGGAGGGUUCUGUAUGAUUCAUUGUCCUAACACAUAUCAGAUGACAAAGACCUGAUAAUGUCAUUGCAUAAGUGUUUUCCUUAUUUGAACGUGGCACUAGAAAGAAUUCUUCUGCUGAUCAUCCCUUUUGAAGUAGAAACCAGUAUUAAAAGAUGUGUGCAUACACUCUCCCUUCCUACUUUUUGGAUAAAACCUUACUGUAUGUCCGACUUGUUAAGCAUCACUGAAUGAAGGAGAAAAUGGAAAAAAGUGGGGAAAUAAAGAACUAGUGACUUGCUUUUUUGCUUAUUUUGAAUGCUGCAACAUGACAUUUAAUCAACCUCCACUCUUCCCACUGGAAUAUUCAGAGAGAGGGGAGAAAUUGUUUCAUAAACAAUAGAAUAGCUUAUAAUUAAAUAUGAACUGUGCCAGCUUGACCAGACAGUUUGUUAGCAGCAUUUAAAUGAGCAACUCUAAAGUGAUCUUUUUAAAAAGUUAAAAUUAAAUCAGGGUAACGUUGCAAGCUGAAUAGAUGAUCCUAUAUGUCUGCCCAAUUCGGUUUAAGUUAUUUCUUGGUUUUCUGUAUUUAUAUGCCAUCCUUCAACACCACAGCCCCCCAGGGCCCCUUUCCAAUGAGAUAGUAUUUUUCUGCAGUUUUACAAUGAACAAAUAAAGCUGCCCAAUUUAAAAUGGCAGGCUGCGCUAAAACUCAGAACUUUAAAAAACUUUUAAAGACCUCAGUGAACAAUGAGGUCUCCACAUGGCAUCUGAAGGAUCACAGGACAGUGCCAGGUGAGCGACUCUGGGGAUGGGAUUCAAGACCAAGAAGGUCUCGUGUUCCCCUACCUCAUAUUUAUUUAUUUAGAUUAUUUCAAUUAUUUAUUUAGAAAGAUUUAUAAAACACUUGAUCACAAAGCUCUCAUAGCUGCAGUGGUGAGUAGUACCCAUCUGGAUUUGUAGAGCAGGAGGCCAACAGUAGGUGGAGCCAGAGCCAACGACAGGCACAGCCAACUCAUUCUUGUUUUGUCCCCAUCCUCCUUGCUGCUGAGUUCUACAGCACAGAUGGAGGAGAAGGAGGAAGCUGCCAGUCAAUGUUUUCUCCUGGACAGGUUGUAAUUAAGAUGGCAAGCAGGUGAAGGCUGCUUGAGGGCAGCCUGAGGCUGGUGGGGCAGUGUCCCAUUUACCCCCAAUGGAGCUGCCUGCAUUGCUAAACAGUGUACAUGGUAGAGGUGUUCAAAGAAGAGCCUCUUCCAAAAUGAUGGGAUAUGUCAUUGUGAAAUAAUGUAUCAAUAAUAAUAAUAAUCUUUAUUGUGAUCCAACAACCCAUAACAUGGAUUCUGAAUAAAAUACAGAUUCAUACAGACAACCCCUCAGGGAAGGGAGACCGAAGCGUUAUUUGCUUAGACAUGGGUAUGUUGAUCUUUGAUUCGUAUGACUACUGAAAGAAACUUUCCCACGACCACGAUGUAUCCAAUGUUCUAAUACAUUAAUUAUUUCACUUCAGUAGUUUAUGUUUAUAACAUAGUGAUUGGGCAAAUUCAGGGAGAAAUAGUUAAGCCCAUUGAAUGGGACUUGUAUUUGUUUUAUUUAUUAUUUUAUAAUAAAGAAAACAUAAGCUAUUGCCUGCCUUCCUUUUCUAAAAUCAAAUCAAAGUAGCUAACAAAAUAAUAAUAAUAAUAAUAAUAAUAAUAAUAAUACACAAAGCAGUAAAAACAGCCCAAUUACUAAAAUCAAUUUCUUGCAAUAAAACCAUUUUGCUUUAAAAUCAGAAAAGUCAACUUUAACCUAUGCUGAAAGUCCGACAUGGAAAGGUUGAAAGAGUUAAGUAUGUAUAGCCUGGAGAAGAGAUAAUUAAGAGGUGAUAUGAGAGCCGUUUUCAAAUAUUUAAAGGGGUGCUGCACAGAUGAUUUCGACAAAACAUUUGGACAAAUUCCCAGAUGGUGCAAACAGUUCAGCUGUGGAACAGAUUGCCUUAGGUGAUGGACUCUCAUUCAUUAGAAUUAUUUAAACAGGAGCUGGAUGGCCACCUAUCUGGGAUAUUCUAGCAGCACGCCUCCUUCGUCACCAGCAGACUGGAUUCGGUGUCCUGUGGAGUCCCUUCCAACUCUUGUAUUUCUUAAAGGUUUUCAAAAUAAAAAGUGCUUAGUAACUUGCCUGAAGCAUACAAUGAAGGCCUCCUCAAUUUUCUUUUCAUAAAUAUGCCUGUCAAAAAGAAAUGAUUUCCCCUCUAUCUGUCCAUCUUUCUCUUAACAGGUGCAAGGCAGUCAUUGAUCAUUUUGGUCAAAGAAUAAGUGCCAGCUAUUUUGUUGUGGAAGAUAGCUACUUUUCAGAGGAAACCUGUGCAAAUGUGUCCUACAGGUACGUAUCAAGACAGAAAAGAAGCCUAAUAGGUAUUUCAUGCCCCUUUCUGCCAGCCUUAAAGAUUACAAUCACCCAUUACAGGUCUUCAGUUGUCACAUAGUCCUAUGUGAACUACUAUAAAAUGAGUGCAAGCUGUGUAUAGAUGUCCUACAUAUGUCUUCAUUUUCUGUUCCACUCCCUAACUCGCUACUCUUGUGCAUACAUGCACUGGAGACACCUUCCUUCUUAAGAAAUUAUGUGGAUGUUAUGCAUUCAUUCAGGCAUAACAUCAAACCACGGUGUUAAAUGAGACUAGCUCUCAUGACCCACCCUCUUACUCCUCCAGCAGAAGGUUCCACUUAAACUGCUCUUUAGCAUAUUAUCUGAACCCUAAACUGUGGUUAAUCUUAGCUAUGGUUAGCUGAAAUAAGCCAGCUUCAUAAACUGUGGUUUGAAGUUGUAUCGUUUCCACAAUCCAUUUUUAAUAUUAACUGCAGUUUGGGGUACAGAUGACAUAGCUAACUGUGGUUAAUAUAAAAUGGAAGUGAAAGCCGCAGAAUUCCUCCUUACAGUUGUUCUGUGGGUUAUUAAUGCAAGCCUAAUUCAGUACAUUAUCAGAAAACAAAACAAUGGUUUAUCAAGAUCUCAAAACCAAAGGACUAUGUGCCAAAAUUGGCUUGAAAGCAGGGCUUAUAGCAUCUCCCAAGGAAAUAGAUAUGUGUAAACUGGUGAAGUGGUGGGUUGGGAAAGGCAGAUACUUAUAUCCGUACCUGUCUUCUUUCCUUGGUGAGGCUAUUAGCAGCUGCAGCUUUUACCUAAGUGUUUGAUUUCAGACAGGGAAACUCAGAAAGGGAAAGGAUUGUACCUCCCUGAGCAUUUGUCUUUAAGCUUUGACAAAAAACGUGGGAAGAUCUGAUCUUAUGUGUUACAUGUAGCUUGGCCUUCCAACUAAGGGGAAAAAACUCUUCUGUAUUAUAUUGCAAUUCGCCCUGGCAUUUGUGUCCUUGUUCAGGUUCUGGACCAGUUACCCAGGAGAGUAGCUCAGAUGCCUCUUGAAGGCACAAAGAAUUGAACUUUCCUGCAUUUUACACCUAUUCCCUCACCCCCUCCCUGACUCUGCUUCAUUUAUGCCAUUAACCUUUGCUGAGGCAAUUAGUAGCCAGCUAAUGGCUAUUUAAGAAUGUUAAAAAGCUGCCAUAGUGCUCUUGAGGGUCAAGCCAAUGGCCUGUUUGAUCCAGUCUCCUCUCUCUCUCAAUGGCUAAUACUGGAUGCUUCAGAAGGUAUUUAACCAAAACAAGGUAAUUAAAGGAGUAAUACUUCCCCCCACUUUCCUUCUAUGUCAGCUCACUGUCUCUAUUUAUAAGGAAAGUUUCAAUCAUUGCUUGAACUUUAGGUCAGCUUCAAACAUUACUUUGAAGAGCUGAAAUGGGAACCAAGAGUCUAGCUGCUGCUUCCCAGGCUUUUGGGGUAGCAAGCAAACAUUGGAGUGAUAAGGACCUAGGAAGAGCCUUACUCUCUCAGUAAUAGCUGAUCAAGUGCUUCUGGGAAGCCCACCAGUGGGUUGUGAGGGCAAUAGCCCUCACCUGUUGUUGUCUCCCAGGAACUGGUAUUCAUAGGCAUGCUGCCUCUGCAUCUGGAGGCACCAUGCCUUGUACUAGUUGCUGAGAGGCAGGAAUGAGGGAGAGCAUCUGGUUGGCCACUAUGGAGAUGCUGGACUAGGUGGCCCUUUGGUCUGGUGCACCAGGACUCUUUUUGAACGCAUUGGGAUGUCCAAAUAAAAAAAGAGCCCCUUGCUUUCUGAAAACUUAAUCUUUUUUUUUUUUUAAACCAAUUAAAUUUAUUGAACCGUGUAGCCAUUAAGUUCUUAUGGAUAAACCCCUGGAGGAAGUCAUGCUGGCUGUUUACUAUCUCCAGGCAAAAUGCCUCUGAAUACCAGUUACUGAGGAAAAAAACAGCAGUAGAGGCCUGUUUCACUUACCUCCUGCUUGUGGGCUUCCCCAAAGCAUUUGGCUGGCUACUGUGGGAAACAGGAUUUCUUACAAAUGUGGUACAUACACUUCAUUCUUCAUCCUCGUUGUAGAUGAAGAUAUCCAAUAAUGUGAUAGCCACUAUUGAUCCAUGCAGAAGUCUCCAUUUCCAGUCUGUCAUAAGGCUGUUUAUUACUCCUCCUUUGCACACUCCUCCUUUACGUGCACUUCAAGUUCAGCCAAUUUCAAGUUCAUCACAUUACAUGAUUUCCCCCCCGGGCAGUGGUUUCAGUCUCUUCAGUAAAGAAAACAUAUGGAACUAGAUCAAAAUUGUGGCUUGUAGUCCAAGAAUCUUAAUUACAGAGGUAUACCUUCCCCUUUCCUAUGCAGCCCAUUAUUUUAUUAAAUAAGGAAGCUUGGUCCGAUGUGUCUUUUGAGAAACACCAUGUUGAUUGCCAAAUAAACACAAUUCCGUCCCGCCCUCCUUCAGUUAUGUUGUGCUGCUUGUUCUUCACUAACAUAUUGGCAAGAUGCUAUCCAUAUACAGUGGUACCUCGGGUUACAUACGCUUCAGGUUACAGACUCCGCUAACCCAGAAAUAGUACCUCAGGUUAAGAACUUUGCUUCAGGAUGAGAACAGAAAUCGGGCGGUGGCGGCGCAGCAGCAGGAAGGCCCCAUUAGCUAAAGUGAUGCUUCAGGUUAAGAACAGUUUCAGGUUAAGAACAGACCUCAAGAACGAAUUAAGUUCUUAACCCGAGGUACCACUGUACACUUCAUUGAUGGCAGAGCUGAGCUGAAAGCAGCUGCAUAGUGAGCCCCAGGAACCAUAAUUAUGAUCCAGUGAGUACUGCUGUUGACCAAGCAAAUCUACAGCCUGAUUUGGGAGUCUUUCUAGUCAUUCCUGUUGAGAGGAAAAUGAAGGCUAGCAUAGGUAGGCAGAGUCACAAGCCCAGGAACUAUUCAGGAGAAGGUCCGUAGCUCAGUGGUAGAGCAUUUGCUUUGCAUGCAGAAGGUCCCAGGUUCAAUCUCCAGGUAGGCUUGGGAAUGUCCCCUAUGUGAAACCCUGAAGAACUGUUAUCAAUCAGUGUAAACCCCCUGGAGAACCAUUGGCUGUUCAGAUGUUGCUGAAAUGCGACUCACAUCAGCUGCAGCAAGUGUAGCCAGUGACCAGAGGUGAUGAGAAUUGUUCAGCAAUAUUUGGAAGGUGAAAUGUUCCUUGCACCUGGUAUAGACAAGUACUGAACUAGAACCAAUGGCCUGACUCUAUAAGGUAGCUUCCUAUGUUCUAUGUACCGUACUUUUCUCUCUAUAACACACAGAUUUUUUUCUCCUAAAAAGUAAGGGGAAAUGUCUGUGCGUGUUAUUGAGCGAAUGUGUGGUCCCUGGAGCCGACUGGCCCGAGUGCAGGGGCAAAAAUCAGGCAAAAAUCAAAUCGCGCGUCAGGGAGGAGGGACGCCUGAAGAGAGGAAGCUGUUGCUUUCCUGCAUUCUGCCUCAGGUUCUUACUGCCCACCCUCUUCUGUUUCGGUUGCUGUUUGCUCAAACGGAAAAAAGAGCAGGGAAAUCCCCUCCCCUCCAGGCAAGCAGAGGGGAAAGGAAAGGAUCGCGUCCUUCCUUCUAAUUCCUCUCUGUGCUCCGGUGCUUCUGCAUUUUAGGGACUCGCAGGCAGCUGGAAAACAUGCAGGUGGGAGAGAGAGGGGGGGGCUGGCUUGGGUGGGUGGGUGGAAACUUUUGCCUUCCUUUCCUCCCUCCCGUUAAAUCCCUCUCCUGCAUUCUUAGCCAGCUGCUUCUCUGCAUACCCCUCUCGUGCUCCUUGUCGCUUCUGUGUUUUUCCUUCCCUCCCCACUUAAAACGUCGUUACAAAGCACAGAUCCACAUGGAUCCUCAGGAUCUUUGCAUUGGGUCACCCCAAAUUCACCAUCAGAUCACAUAGCAUGUCCAUGGCUACAGCCUGCACCAAAAAAAUCACGCACCCACUGUUGCCUGGGGCCACAAUGGUGCAAAAACGUGGUUACAGAUCUACAGGGAUUCUCAGGAUUUUUGCAUUAGGUCACCCCAAAUUCACCAUCAGAUCACAUGUCUGUGGCCACAGCAUGAGGCACAAAAAUGAUACAUCCACUGUUUCAUUCAGAACCCCCCCCCCUUGUUUUCCUCCUCUAAAAAUGAUGUGCGUGUUAUGGUCAGGUGCGUGUUAUAGAGCAAAAAAUACGGUAUAUCUCAAUAUAGAACAAAACAUGCAACCCUGGUGACUCUCCAUGUGGGUCAACAGCACACAGACCCAUGACUUCUAUCUGCAGCAGCUUCUAAUAGCAGCAGACUACUCCAGCAGCUUCUUGUGCCCUCCACACACUCUGUUUUGUUCAGUUGGUGGUGGCAGAAGUGCCCUUGGCCUUAGGUUCUCCUACUUUCGUCAUUUGGCAGUGGUUCCACAUUUAUAAAUUUUCUUAUUCUUUUCAUAUUUGUAGUGGCAAAGAUCCAAAUAGCUAUUUUAGGUGAACAUAAGGGAUGAAGAACCUGCUGCUCUCUUGGUGUUGUUGGAUGCCAAAACUCAUUAUCCUUGACUAUUGGCCAUGUUGGUAGGGGCGGAUGGGAGAUGGAAUGCAGUGACACCUGGAUGGCUACCGGUUCCCUUCCUCUGGCCUAGAGGAAUUUUAAAAAUACAUCAGAACCCUGCACCUUACUGCAAGCUGCUGUUGAAUGUCCCCUUCAUUUCAAAGGUAGUUUGCCAUGUGGCGUGUUGUGGGAGAAACAUAAGCCCAAAGCCUCUAGGUGUAUUCCCACUAGCUGCACAGUUCUUUGGCUCUCAGUCAUUGGCUGUAUUGGUUGAUGUGUUUGCAUAUUUCUACACUCUAAAACAAUUUGCUAUUAGAGUGAUUCUGUGAUGGGUGAAGUAAACAUUAUGUUCCAUACGGAGUACUGAGUAUAUUCAUUAUAACUUGAUAAAUAUUAAGAGUCAGAUCUGGCAGCCUUCAUAUAUGCAUGCACUUGAGUCAUUGUUAAUUUCUUAGCUAAGCUGGCCAUAUGCAAAUGUGUCAUUAGCAAUGUGCAAGCUGGUGGAAUGUUAGUUUCUCAUGGUGGUAAUAGUUAUUUUUGGAGAGAGAGAAACCCUGAAUCCAUAUGGCUGCUUUCUUCUUAUGUUUUGGUGAUAGACCAUAAUUGCUUUAUUCACUUACAGGCAGAUCUCCAGAGCGGUUCUCAUUACUGAUCGGUCGAUUUUGAAGGCAAGCUCAGAUCAGCAGGUUAGCACAUCCAUUAAGCAUUGGUAACUUUCUGCCUUAUAAACAGCUGCUUGCUUGUGACUGUAUUUUCAAUCACAAUUUCCAUUCAUUGUAAAGCCAUUUAAGUGCCUUUGUCACCAUUAGACGCAUUUGCCAGGAAGCAGGAGAGUUUUUAAGUUUGAAGGCUCAAAACUUGGAAAUGGACAAACAAGAUCAUAGAUGCUUGAUCAAUGAAGUUAAUUCUUAAGUAUAAGCAAAGGUUAUGUGUUGGAUCCAGGUUAAGUUAAUCACACUUUAGUCCCAUUGACAUCAAAGAAACAAGUUGGACACAACAACUUAACCUGGAUCUAACCUGCCUAACAGAUAGAUGGAGCUUAUAAACAUCAAGUUAGAGAUCUGGUCCCACUUCUCUGCACAUAAUCUAUAUAUCUCAUUUAUAUUUGGAUCUCUAUUUUAUUGCAAUUAUAAUUCCAGCUUUCUUCCAACAUGGUAGUCUUCAAGCAUGUACAUUUGGGUUCCCAAGCAGUCUCCCAUCCAAACACAUACCAGGCCCAGACAAACAACAGGUUGCUUGAAACCAUGGCCUUUCCUUCAAGGGGAUUGGUAGUGUUACAACAACCCUAUUGGUAGAUUAAACCAAGGCUAUGAUUGACCUAAAUUUGCCAGUGAGCUUCAUGGCUGAGUGAGGAUUUGGACAAAUGUCUUCCGGAUUCAAGGUCAACGUUCUACACCCCACUGCAUCUCUGUAUAACUUCCAAAUCUAAAACUAUAAACUGUAGGUUGUAACAGGAACAAGUAUACAGAUCAGCCUUACAGAUCAGCUUUGCAAAUCAGAUAAAACCAGAGAUCCUUUAAAAUAAUCCUAUUACAUAAGUAUGCAUAUAAAGUUGCCUGGUUUAAAUUUGGAAAAUCUCUGCAGCCAAUGUAGAUGAAGCUACUUGACUAGGAGGGCGGGAUACAAAUAAAAAUUAUUAUUAUUAUUAUUAGUAGUAGUAAAGGUAAAGGGACCCCUGACCAUUAGGUCCAGUUGUGACCGACUCUGGGGCUGCGGCGCUCAUCUCACUUUAUUGGUCGAGGGAGCCGGCGUACAGCUUCCAGAUCUUGUGGCCAGCAUGACUAAGCUGCUUCUGGCGAACCAGAGCAGCGCACGGAAACGCCAUUUACCUUCCCGCCGGAGCGGUACCUAUUUAUCUACUUGCACUUUGACGUGCUUUCGAACUGCUAGGUUGACAGGAGCAGGGACCGAGCAACGGGAGCUCACCCCGUCACGGGGAUUCAAACCGCCGACCUUCUGAUCGGCAAGUCCUAGGCUCUGUGGUUUAACCCACAGCGCCACCCGCGUCCCUAUUAUUAUUAUUAUUAUUAUUAUUAUUAUUAUUAAUAAUUUAUUUCUAGUCUCAUUUUGAAUGGGACAAUCAAUUGUAGAGCAAGGGAUAUGUUCCAUCUCUACAAAUACAUCUCACGUGAACAAAUACAGUGCCUCCAAUCACAUUUCCAUAGUGGCCAUUUCCUUAGUAGACAUCGUUUAUUGCUGAAAUCUAAAUGCUACACUUUUCUUAAGCAAAGCAUACCAUUGAGAAGAGCACAGUGGUUGUGGCUUUCAAUAAAAUAGGCAUAAUUAGGCAGCAGGGGCAAACAUCCCUCAGUCUCUUUUUGAAUAGCGCUUUGGCAGACUUGGGUUUAUAAUAUGCUAAAUAUGCUGGUGCAAAGGCAAAAGGGCCUUGCAUUGUAGCCUGCAAAGAACUACUAGAUGGAUUCUUUUGGAAGACUUUUUAAAGAGAUUCUGUUUUCUUUGCUUUCCAGAUUUCCAUUUUGACUGUCCCACCUAUGGAGCCAGGUCAGCCUGCUGUCUGCCUCAUAGAACUAUGUUCUUCAACCAUGACAUGCAUGAAAAAUACAUGUGAGUACAUGUUCUGACUUUGUUCUUUGUUAUUGUGGCAAGAAAGGAAGUGCCAACUCUCAGUAGGAAUGGCAAAUACCCUAUAAAUUUCAGGAACAUAGCCAAUACAUGCUUGAUAGCAACAUGCAUAUUUGUCCUGACUUAACACUGGUGUGAAAGGGACUUGCAAGUAGUAGUAGUAGUAGUAGAUAUAGCAGUAGAUACACUCCAGGAACCUGUCACCAACAGCUGCUCUCUGGCAUAGAUUCCUCUGUGUGUGUUUUUAGGGAUGAGCAAAUCUGUCAGUUUCAGGUUCUCUCUGUUUCUUUUUUUCUAAUUUUAAAUUCAGUUUCCCACAUUUAUUUGCAAAUUCUUUUUUUAUAUCAGAAAGUUCUUUUGAAAAUCUAUAUAUAUUUUCGAAAGCUGUUUUUCCUAAUAUGGUGCAUUUUUUUGUCUGCUGUUUUCACUUAUAUGCCCUUUUUUGGAUCCUUUUUCUAGUAUAUUUAUUUUUGUGCCCAUUACUUGGGGUGUUACAGGAGUAAGUAGUACCUCUGGUGGGGGACACACCAUGCUCCUUCUGGGGUGGUUUGUCCACCUUUAGUCUCCACCCUGCACUCAGCUCUUGUGGCUCCUGCAAACAGUCAGCAUGUGACAGCGAUCACACACCAGGAACAGCUUUGACCUGCCGGCUACACCAGGUGAGGGUAGCUGAUGGGUCUCAAACCCUCGGUGAGUUAGAGACUUCCCCUGCAUGCAAAGACAUGCUCUGGUGGAUUGAGUGGACAAGACCGAUAGUGGGUCCAGUGGUCAAGAAGACAGUUUCUGCACAUGCUAUGGAGGGGCAGAUAGGGCUUGUCAACCUGGAAAGGAAGCCCAUCUAGGAGAAGUAAAACUCUUAUCCUAAACCUUGUUGGACCCUUCACUUUUGGGAGUAGAAAAGGCUCAGGAGUAAACCCUACACAAAUCUGGAGUGGAGUCCCUAAGACACUUGGAUGGCGCCUUGUAUGCCUCCUUCUGGCAACUCCUUCAACCAAGCUGCUGCCAAACAUAUUGUUCUUCUUUCCUUUGGUACAUGUCAUCUGGGCAUCUCAGGACAUCCGCGCACACUGCCCAGGCUAGCACUCCAGGGAGGUCAGCUUGAUGCUGCUAAUGCAGCAGUUUGAAUUCACCUCUGGAGUCACGCUCGGUUGUCUGUUGAGACAAACAGAUGCCAACAAGAACAACUUAGAGAAUUGCAUUGCAAAAUUUGGAGAAAUUUGAUUGAAGAUUCAAUAUAAAAUUAUCCCAUAUCCCCAGUAUUUCUGUAAUCUUCUGUUUGCAUCAAUCUCCCAAGCCCUUUAUCUGCCAGGCCAAAACCCAAUAUGUAGCCAAUUCUGUUACCUAUUUAAAUGGUUGCAGCUACAAAAUGUAGCAGCAGUAAAUGAGAUUAAUAUAUAUGUAUUUGCAUAAGAAUAGCUUAAAGGAAAUGGGACCUUGUUAAUAUAGCAAUAAAGUUUUUUGAUGAUUUCUGUGUUUUAACAGUAUAUAAUAUAUUGUAUAGAAAAGUAAUGACAUUCCUGAAAAGGGCUUUGUGGCAUUUCCUCUAAGAGAUCUCCUUAUUAGAAAGGUUUUUCAAAUAAACUGCAUUGAAAUGCGGAUGUUAAAGGUUGGAACAAAUACUUGCCCAGGCAAUUUAAUUUCCUAUCCAUUUGCCUUUUCUUGACAACGGAACGUUUACUAUUAAAGUUCUGCUCUGAACAUAAUAAACUAAGGGGGUCUAAAACAUAACUGUUUCCAGUUGCUUGGGGAAUCUUUUUUAAAAAUUGAACUUCUGUAUUAUCGGUGGUAUAUUGACCUUGUGUGGGGUUCAUUUUACAGGUAGAACUAUCCUGCUUGCACAAUGGGAUGGGGGGGUGGAAGUUGGAAUAACUAGUGAGAGAGGAGAGACCUUUCUCAUACCCAGUUGCUUACAGUGUGGGGUGGAGACAGGGCAAGUAUCACUUAAGGACCUUUCUAGGUAGUGUGUCAUCAGCUGCUGUCUCAAAAUGCCACAAUCUCACACCAAACCUGCUCAUUGUGUGUCCCAAAAAACUGAACUGAGACACCCACUUUCCAAGAUUAAUAAAUUGCAAACGAUGAAAACUAAGGAAGUUCUGCACUAGUUUGAGAAGUAGCUGUUCUUAUGAUCUGCCUAUAGACUUUGUGUGUUUUUCCCACUACUACCUUUUGUUAUUAAAAAUCACUUUAAUAAGCUUUUAUUAAAAAGUCUAUAAUUAUGUAUUUACACUUCAGGUCAAUUGGACUACUAAUGCUCAUUCAUUAAAAUGACAGGUGGUUAGCUAAUUUUUAUAUAUAUAUAAAAACUCUAUUAUAGCACACCACAGGAAGCCCAUAUCUGCAAGGCAUUAGCACUUAGCUUUUCUUCUCUAGUCAAUGAGUUUACAACUGUAUUGCCAAAUGGAGGGUAAACACCCAUCGCAUUCCUCUGCCCUGCUUGCCCCAUCUGGUUAUGGCUGUUCUCAAACAUUUUUAAAGUGUUCCUUUAGCUUCAAUGGGUGCAAUGUCCCCCCCCCCCCCAGUUAGCAUAUAUGAUUUUUUUCCAUUUUGCAAACUGUUUGCUGUUGUCAUUGUGCUGUCAUGAAUAUAGCUUUCAGCUUGGACAUUGAGUUCCAUGUUCAAAUCUCUACCUGACUAUUAUUUAUUUAUAUAUUUACCACGUAGUUUUCUAAGCAGUUUACAAGUAUAUAAUUAUGCAAGCAUAUGAAAAUACAAACAUCUAUAAUUAAGAAAUGCAAUGAAACAGUGUGGCCAGUGUGGCGUAGUGGUUAAGAGCAGUAGACUCGUAAUCUGGUGAAUGGGGUUCGCUUCCCCGCUCCUCCACCUCCUUGGGCCAGUCACACUUCUCUGAAGUCUCUCAGCCUCACUCACCUUGCAGAGUGUUUGUUGUGGGGGAGGAAGGGAAAGGAGAUUGUUAGCCACUUUGAGACUCCUUAGGGUAGUGAUAAAGCGGGAUAUCAAAUCCAAACUCCUCUUCUCCUCCACCUCCUCCUCCUCCUCCUCCUCCUCCUCCUCCUCCUUCUUUCCAUUCAUUUCAGUGGGUAUACCCAGAGUAUGACUGAUGUAGAUAGUCAUACCAACUGGUAGUCCAUGAACCCCAGGGUGUCCACGUAACCCAUCCAGGGGGGCCUUGGCACCAUUCACAUAACAAAAAGUACAGUAGAGAUAUCAAAAUGGGGGGCCCAUGGCUUGGCUUUUGAAAAUCAGGGGGUCCACAAUACAUAGCUAAUUGGAAACCACUGCUUUAGGCUAUUCAGACAGGGUGCCCUCCCCAGCCCUGAAUGAAUUACUCAAAGACCAGCAGUGGCACACGGUAUAACUAAUUUAGUUAAACCCAAUUACAUCAGAGACACACUGCCAAGGCAGUGGGGGGGGGGCAUGCUGAUGGCUCAUAGCAGUAACAUCACAUGUGAUCAGAUAAUUAUAUAGUAAAUUAAAGCGAACUUCAAUUAUCGUGGUUUUAAUAGGAAAAAAAAGAUUUUAUGGCAAACGUUCUACAAAAUAGCAAACUCUUCAGUUUUCUCUGCAUUUGCUUAUUUAUUUAUUUUUAAAAUUAUAUCACUCCUUUUUAUUAUUUAAGAAUUCUGAAGGCAUAUGGAAAGAAUAGGUUAAACAAUAAUAAAAGUUAAGCAUUAAAAUGUAGAUUCCAAAAACUCAAAUGAUAAAACAAGCAAAGCAAAUAAUCAAGAUAAAUCUCAAAUUUAGAGUGUGGACAGGUGUGGGUUUUUUUUUAACCUAAAAAAUGAUUAGAAUGCUCUGGGGGAGCAUCCACAGAGGUGCAGCAACUAGCCACAGUGGCUGUGGUUCUACCUCCAGUUGUCACAGUAUGACUCUGAAUGCCAGUUGCUGGAAAAAAUUGCAGGUGGGGAGUGUGUGUUAUGCUCAGAUUCCGCUUGCAGUUUUCUUUUAGACAUCUGACUGGCACUUUGAGAACAGAGUGCUGGAUCAGAUAGGCCUUUGGCCUGAUGCAGCAAGGUUCUUCUUCUGCUGUCUAUAGAGCCUUCUUAUUUGUGAUGAUCACUUCUGGAGACCCUGCUCUCGGAAAUCUUGGAAGGGAAUCUAGACGAUGGAAUUGUCCAAGAUGGUAGAGGAACUGGAUGCUAUUGACGCAUGCAAUAGCAGUGGCCAGACUCAGCAUUCGAAACUUCUCUGUUGCUCAUAUUCAAAAUGCAAGCUUCUUUCUUUGAAGUUUUUAGGGAGAGGUGGUUGUUGUUGUUAUUUUUUUUAAAAAAAGGCUUAUCCAGUUAUUUUAGAAAGCGGGGAGGGACAAAGAUUGAUUUUUGCAUAUUAAUAGCUGAAAUAGUGUUUAAGGUAUUUUACUCAUGACUUGAUUUCAGUUGGUGGUGCUUGCUUCUUCUUCUUUUUAAUUGUUGUCACCUGGGUUGGAAAUUAUUUUAAAUUGCAAAGCUAUGUGCAAUUUUAAAUGCAGUUCAGGGUGGAUUCACAUGACCACGUUUUAGUGCAAUGAGGAAGUUUACCAUGCCAUAUCACUGCCAUUGAAUGUUGUCCCCCCAAGAAAGUUGCAGCUUCUUCGCCCCAGAAGAAGACUGACCUGAUAAAUGCUGCACUGUCUACACGUGAUGCUGCCCAGUUCCAAGCUGACCUACACUUUUAACACUAAUAGUCAAAAUUGUAAAUGCCAGGCUGUGGAGGAUCCUAAAAGUGCCUUUCUAUCCCAUUCCAACAGAUUUGGUGCAUUUAACAUGUUCGUCCAUUAAAACUGCUAAAGAAGAUUUGGAGCCUGUUGUGGGCCAGUUGUUCAGUGAAAGUACAGAAACAGGUAAAUGCUUUGUUUUGUUUUACUUUAAAACAAAAGUCAUGCUUUACAAUCUUCUCUCUCAGCCCAAGUUGAUUGACAGCCAUUCCACCACUUAGGUAUCAGAAGUCACGUCAAAAGCCUUGCUGAUUAUGUGUGUGCAUCUUUUUAUUUACUUUAUGUUUUAUCAGACAAAAUGAGAAGCUAGUUCUAUGUGCAUCUCUGGAUGUGCCAUGGUCCUCCUAUGGUGACUGUCCAGGUUCAGUAUUGUCUGGGGAGGCACUUGCUUUGGAGUGCCAUGGAACUUAAUCAUACAGAAUAACAACAAAUCACACUGUAAAUUUGUAGGGCUAUUUAUUUAUUUAUGCAGGUAUUACUUUUUCAACUCCCAUUAGCAGACCAGAGAGACGGUUCAUAUAAACACUGCAAAUCCGUUUUCUAUUGCUCCCAAUUCAUCUCCCGUAAUUUAACUUAAAGAGAAAAAAAACCUGAAACCAAACCAGCAUUGUACAGAUUCGGAAAAAAACACACUUCGGAAUACGAGAAAGUGGUUAGAUUGCCACUUAGCAUCAUCUUGUCCUUUCCCUCCUGCCUCCUUCUUAACAUUAAUCUUAAUGCUUAAAGUGAUCUGGUUUUGAAGUGAUGUAUUGUUUAGAAGCUGCCUGAAAUUCUUUUGGAGGAACUCUGUGAUCAGGAGGGUCCUCAGGUGCACUGAGGCACUGAGAAGCUAGUUUUCACUGACACAUAGGCCUUUUUAUCAUCAAGAUGAGGUAGUGGUCAUAUUUUAAUUAAAAUGUCAGAACAAAUACUGUUGGAGUUAUUGAAAAUGAAUCACCAGAUAAAGUGAGCACUGGGCCAUGGCAGGUCAGAGAAGCAAAGUCACCUGAAGAAGAGGACUCUAUUCAUUUUCUUGCCUAAAUGAGGAAGAAGUAACUUCUUUUUUUUUAAGGGUACUAGGAACUUUUAAUAAUAUUUUUAAAAGAAUGCACUGCGUCAGGCUUUAUGCUGGUUGACUAUCCCUUCCAAAUAGAUUGGAAAAGGUAAACUGCUCUCUCCUUGAGAACAGUCAUUAUACAUCUGUUUAAACACACGCGCACGCACGCGCGCACACACACACACACACGAGAGAGAGAGAGAGAGAUUAGUUGUCCUGUGCUUGCCUUUAAGAAUACCUUCAAACCUCUGUUCUUAUCCAUUAUGAAAGGCUUCUCUCUUUCUAAGCGAUGUGAGCAUAGCAUUUGUUUUAAAUUUUAUUUCAGGGGGGUGUGUGUUUCCCCCUCUUCCCUGCCUUAAAAGCCUCAGGGUUGGUUACCGCUUCUUUCCCAGUCGUGUACACAUAAUUAAAAUGCAGAGCAGCAAGACUUAAUAUUCCCAAACAGAAAGCCAACAACAAAUCCUGGUUGACUGCUCAUGGUCUCUCUGUGUGGGAAAUGAAACAAGAGCCCAAGUUCAGAUGAUACAGGUGUGCUUGUGUUGUCUGUGACAUGGCAGAGCAGGGGAGAUGUGCCACAGGAAAUUUUGAGCAAGGUGUACCAGCACACUGCUUGUUCAUGUUAAACUAUGGUUUGUUUAAUAUGAUGUGCAAUUGGGGCCAUAGUGACUGGCCGCAAGUUGCCUAGUGAGCUUCAUGCCUAAGUGUGGAUUUGAAGCCAGAUCUUCUCAGUCCAACAUACCACCCUCAUUGCUACAGAAUUAUAUAUACACACAUCUGAACAGGGCCCCUGAAAAGCUAUCUGUGUGUGGAAGAUACCACCUAAGUAAGAUCCUGUGUAUGAGGUCAGCCACUGCUUCCUGAGGCAGUAGAGGCUGGUAUCUUCCAUUGUUUUGAAGGCGUGCUAGUCUGUGGCUUGCUGUAUAUAACAGCCUGUGUUGCCUUGGUUCCAUUUUGAGCCCUAAAACCCAUACUGGAGUGCUUAAGCAGUGGGGUCGUCCUCUUUAGUUGAUCUCAGUGCCCAUGAACACUCUCUGCUCUGAGUGAAACCCCUUCUAGGAGAUGCUCUAAAUCUCCUUGAAUAUGGUUUUCUACUCAGUUUGAGGUUCAAAACUUUCUCAAGGAACUCUAUGAUUCCCAUGGGCCCCUGAAUUAAUCAGUCUGAUGCUUUGUUCACUUUUCCUUUUUGCAAAGCCAUAUUUAAUAACCAGAAGCAGGGGGGCUCUCAGAUGCUUUCAGAUAUCCAUUUCAGAGAGACUUAUUCCACAAUCUGGGUACCAGCAACAAAAGGGCCUCGUCCAUAAUCCCCAAAGGUGGGAGAAUCUAGAGCACAACCUCCAAUAAUUUGCCUUUCCAACAUUUUGCUGUACUGUACAAGUCUUGCUGCAUUUUAAUUCUGGUGAGUAAUGUCUUCCCCCCAUUGUUCCAGAAAGUGAAGGCGCAGGAGAAGGGCAAAAGCCUCAGAUUCUCUGGUCGGUAUAUUUCAACAUGAGAGACUCCUCUGGUGUAGAUAGGACAUCCUAUGCCAAUUUGCCUCCCAACAUCUAUGUUUGUUCUGGGCCAGACAACGCAUUGGGAAAUGACUGUGCUGUCAAACAGGUAAGGGAGGUGUCUCAUGUUUUUCAGCUUUUGACUGAGGAACAUUCAGGGUGAUGGUACACGGCAGGGUUGUAAUACCUAUUUUGUUUUGUGGUCCAGUCAAGAAAUAUAGGCAAGUGGGGUUUCUGCAACAAAAUGUGCAUGUGUUGGCUUAUGUAGACCACUUAGAGUUUAUGGAUGAUUAAACCACAUAUAAAUCCUGUUAAUUAAAAUUAAAGUAAGUUAGAUGUGACUCAGGGGGCUGAAAAAAGAACAUGCUAGCAUCAAAGACAGGAGUCCUAUUUACUUUUAGAACUGCAAACAAUGUCUGUUGCAAGUACCAGUUGAACACAAGGCUUCUGCAUGCAAUUGAGUGCUGGACUUGGCCUGGGAGGAGGUCUGAGAGCAGUAAACUGCCUUUUGCUGCAACCUGAGAGAGGCAGAGGGAUUGACUGAGACUCUAGACCCUUGGUUCCCAAUGUGGGGCACACGCCUCAUGGGGGGCAAUUUGAUUUUUAAGGGGAGGCAAUUCGAGAAUGAGUUAUUAACAGUGAAUGGCCUUUUAGGCUUCCUCCAUAUGAAUAGGAGUUCACUUUUUGAAUAAUAAGAAUUAUACGUCGGGGGGGGGGGCAUCGAGAUUUUAAAGAUGCUUAGGUGGGGCAUGGCCAAAAAAAGGUUGGGAACCACUUCUCUAGACCAAUCUAGCGAAACUUACCGGAAGAAUAAGAAAUCAAGAUAACAAACUUUUAAUAAAAGAAUGGAAAUGGUUUAUUGAAUAUUUACAGAUACAUUGCAAACAGAUAAAAACAUUAGCAGGAUUAUUGUAAUAACCUGCAGUUUCAUAAGAAUAUGUAUUUAAAAUACAUAAUUUAAUGAGCAAAUUAAAUGAAUUUGGAUAUGCAGAAGAUAUUAAAAAAUAAAUUUCAGGAACCGAAGAAAGAGGCGGAAGGAAGUCAAACUUUGAAAUGCUAAAUUGAUUGUAAAACUAAUGAAAUGCAUAAAUUUGAAAAGCAUAAAAAACUUAAAAAAUAAGAGAGACUAGAUCAGUCUCAGCCCCUCCUUUGACCUACAGUGUGCACAGUGUAUUGUAUUGUAUUGCAGCGCUGCCUUAAGCUACUCUCUCCCUCUCCCACUUGCUGCUCAUAUAACAGUGAACUACACUGCAAGGUUGUUGCAUGCUACUCUCACAGCCCAACCUGCUAAAUGGGGAUAGGAGAAAUUGGGAACACUUUAGGAUUGUUAUAAACUAUUCAGGAUUGUUAUGAACAAGUCUGACCUGCAGUAUUCAAUGUUAAAUACACCAUGGGGCUGUCUUAAGCCACACUCUCUAGCUCUAGGCCCUUCCAGCCUGCCAUAUGGAAACAUUAAACUGCAUUUGCUUUGGAAUUUCUAUUAGCAGGGCUGUUAGUUAAAUGCUUCACACAGUAAGAGCUGAGUUACAGAGAGUGAGGAGUCUUCUCUAUUGGGUUUGGAGGGGGGUAUGUGUCUCUUGGAUAUAUCAAUUGAUUGUCUAUGGGCUGCUCUCAAUUCCAUACCCAGGGACAUUUAAUUAUAGCUUCUUAAAGUGAACUGGGGAAUGACCUACCCCGACAAUGGGGUGGUUCCAUUGGCCCUUUUUAUAUGCACAAACAUUUUCCCACACCCUCUUCUGCUGGCUCAUAUGGGUUUGAGGAAUUGGGGGUGGGAGGAGGGAAGAAAUGGAGCAAAGGUAGACAGCAGAAGAGAAGGAUAUAUAGAAUAGACAGCCUCCUCUCUCCUUGUCUGUGCUGUUUCCUUUCUUCCACCCUAGUUCUAUUAUGAUGGAGACAGUUAGUGUGUUGUAGGAAGACAGGUGGGUAGAGGUGAUUUCUCCAAUACUUCAAAUUGCACCCCCCCCAAAAAAAAACACGUAUUAAACAACCUUUCUUGGUUUUUUGGAAGCACGGAGGAAGCUUGGGCAUUUCCCCCCAAAUUAAUCUAAGAAGAUUUUGCUAGAGUUCACCCAGUUCUAGAAAUCAAUCUCCAACAGUAUCUUUUUUAUUAAAAAAAGGAGGGAGGAAAAGAUAAUUUAUUAAUAUUAUCACAGAAGCCUUCUUCCAAUAUAAGUCUUUGAUCUUCAUCUUUUAUCCUCUUACCAGUCAAAUUAUUGCCUUGUAAAACAAAAUUAAGGCUACUAUUAGCCUUUGAAUAUACAGAUCAGAUGUGAGCAUUCAGGCUGUGUCAGCUGUUCUGUUAAAAAGCCCAUUGAUAACGGCCAUAGGGAGGGCAACUGCAGCUGCUUAAAAUUUCUUGCAUAUAUUCUCACUUGGCCUGAGUCAUUUAAAAAUUAAUGGUUGCUAUAGCCUUGUGAGCGUAAGAAGUUGUGCAUGUUAUCCUUGCAUGCUCACUCGGACAGGCAUGGCUAAAAAUGUUUCUAUGUAGUCCUAUCUGGAUAUCAGAAUGUAAAAAUAUAUGCUGCUCACUUUGCUCUCUACCAUUUGAAAUCAGUGGGACUUAGAAGUGUUCAACCCUGACAGCAUUGUGGCCACAAUUAUAUGUAUAAAAAGGUACCCCUGCCCGUACGGGCCAGUAUUGCCAGACUCUAGGGCUGUGCGCUCAUCUCACUCUAGAGGCCGGGAGCCAGCGCUGUCCGCAGACACUUCCGGGUCACGUGGCCAGCGUGACAAGCUGCAUCUGGCGAGCCAGCGCAGCACACGGAACGCCAUUUACCUUCCCACUGGUAAGCGGUCCCUAUUUAUCUACUUGCACCCGGAGGUGCUUUCGAACUGCUAGGUUGGCAGGCGCUGGGACCGAACGACGGGAGCGCACCCAUGUGAUCGGCAAGUCCUAGGCGCUGAAGUUUUACCCACAGCGCCACCCCCGUCCCUAUUAUAUUAUAUAUAUAUAUAGCUCUUAAUCUUUAACUCGGUGGUAGGUGAAAUGAUGCCUUUGUUAUCUUCCCCCUGGCACUUACGAAGCCUUUGAGUCCCAACUCUCUGCCCUUCUUGGUCUUGAGAUGGUAAGGGUGGCAACCUUUUUCUACCUUGAAAAAUACAUACAGUGGGAGGAGGAAGUUGGAAGAGUGACACUCUUUCCCACUUCCUCUUUCAGCUCUGUGUGCUUUUCAAGGCUCAAAUGAAUUCUACAGCUUUUCCAAGGGAUCUGAGUAAAGUCCAAGCGUGUGCAUGCACACAUUUUCUUCUUUUUCUGUUUCUUAGGGGGACAUGAGUAUGAAUGAAUAAAGGAAGUCAUUGGGUAUCUCUUAGUAGCAGUAUUGUGAAAAAGCACGUGGUGAGGCAGAUGUGAAAUAUGGUUUUGUUGCUUGUGGACACACCACAAUAUGCAUGUGGAUUGGUUUGUAAUCUCAACCAGUAAAGAGGUUAACUAAAUGUUUGCUUCCUUCCAAAUAGGCUGAGGCCAUAUUUCAAGAGAUGUUUCCCAGUGAGGAAUUCUGCCCACCACCCCCAAAUCCAGAAGAUAUCAUCUACGAUGGAGACGGGACUCAGCUAGAAGAUCCUGGGUUUGGUAAUCCAUCUGAGGCCAAUCCAGAGACUUUGCCUGAGAAAAGCACUGAAGAGAGUGAAAGACCCUCUGAAGAGUGAAUGGAUGGAUGGCAAGGCCAAGACUGAACUCAUUUCACCAUGGUGUCUGGGGAAGCUUGACCCAGUCCAAAGUGCAACCAACCAACCAGUUUGUCAUACACAAAAUGUAACCCCAGCAAUUCUAGCAGGACUUUACAGAGUUGCUUAAUAGCUUGAUUUGAGUUGGCACAGGAGAGUCUUGUCCAAAGCUAUGUCCUGAAACAUAACUCCAUUCUUGACCAUUUUUCCUGGAAAUACGGUUUAUCAGUUUGUAAAUAAGGCAUUCCGUCAUUCCACAGAAUUGCAGUUUUGCCAAAGUCAGCAGCAGCACAACAUAUGGAACUCAGUUUGCUCUACAGGAAGUGUGGGGGGAAAUUCCAUUAACUGAAAACAGCUUUUGGGGUAGACUAGUAGGUGCUAGGCCAGGAGUAGCCACUGUGGUUCCCUUCAGUUGUUGCAAGACUAUAGUUCCCACCAUCCCUGACCAUUAGCCAUGUUGGUUGGGGCUGAUGGAGCUGGAGCCUGAAGUCUAGAGGGAAACACACUUGCUACUCCUGCACUAGACACUGAACAUUCAGUUGUUAGUGAUCUAGCAGACGCUCACCAAAAGGAAAAGAUCCAAGUGUUUUCUGUUUGUUUGUUUGUUUGUUUGUUUGUUUUGUUUGUUUGUUUGUUUGUUUGUUUGACUGGCUGUGCAGAAUAUCACAGAAGUGGUUUUUAAGCUUUUCUGUCAUAUACUCAGUAGAAAUGCAAAAUAAAUACAUCUUUUAAUAGAUUUCUUGGAAAUGGUUGUUUGGUAGCACUUGGGUGCCAGCUCACUGGAUCACUUUCAAGAACUGAGCUGUAUUUCUCACCAUCUAUUUGUUUUUGUUUUUUUCCAAAGACAGCACAAGUUUACUUGGUUGCUGCUCAAAAGUACUGAGCCAAAAGUAUUGGUUGAAAAGUACUUCUCUGAAGCAGGGCUUGUUUUUGCAAGUGCCCUCUGAGAGACCCCAUAGCCACUAAUAUUCUUUCUUAGUUAUGCUAGAGUGGGAAUGGGAAACCUGUCAAACACAAUAUUGUUGGGCUCCCAACUCUCAUCAGCCCAAGCCAGCAUGGCCAAUCAACUGGGGUGAUGAAAGUGGCAGCCCCAACAGCAUCUAGGAGGCCACAUGUUCCUCAUCCUUGAGAGACAGUUGGAAACUGGCCUUUGUAAAUAUAUAAGACAAUCUGUCUGAGAAUCCAAUACAGGAGAAAAGGACAAGAGGUGAUUCUGUGCUGUUGAAUCUAAAAAGCCAACUAAUAAGUCAGAAUUAGUAACCAUUUGCACAGCACUUACAUUAUGCAAAAAUGUUUUACAUUCUUGUUGGUUUUUCCAGUGGUGCUAUCUUGCUAUUCCCAUUUUACAGGUGAGAGCCUGAGGCCCAGGAUGAAGCAACAGAUAUAUUUACAGUUAAUAUUUGUAAGAAGAGACAGGCUGUGGUAGACAAACUCAGGUAGCAGAGCUUAAAUUGGGUUGUGUAAAGCCCAGGUAGCAUUUCAGCUACUGUGUAGCUCACUGCACUGACGUUUUAAAAUUCAGCUCCUUAAUAAAGGCCACAAAUGCCCCUCAUGAUCAAUAUGCAGUUUGGGUGGGAGAUAGCUAGGUCAUUGGUCCGUGAUACAGCCCUUCAGUGCUUGAGCCUAUGUGAUUGCUUUGUGCCACAAAAGUAAGUUUAUUCCAUAAACAUAACAAUUACGUUCAGCACAGUAAAGCAAGAUGCAGCUAUCAAUGACACACAGCCUUUCUGUACAAAAACGGUGGCUCAAAUUCAUUUCAUUCGCUAGGUAGUUCUUGUGGCGUUUGCAAUUAAGCUGUUAUUUAUGCUGGGUAAGAGAGAGAGUCUGCCUAUUUUUCCUUCGCCAUUGCUGUUCCUAUGCAUAAAUCAGAAAGCAUGAAUGUAGCCCAAUUAUAUUUGAACGUUUACAAAUCAAUACGGGAGCCAAAAUGAGGGCUUGCUCCCAAGAGCUUUCAAGAACGAAGUUCCUACAGAAAAUUUCUUUUCUUUUUUUAAUUUGGAAAUGAACUUUAGUAUAAGAAAUUAAAGGUUUGCUUGCAAGCGUGUU